UCGAGGCAGAGUUGGAUCUCAGUGACAACACUACAAAGCCGAUGGAGACUCAGGUUUCUCUCCUGGGUACCCACCAGCGUCGUGGAUCUUCAGUGAGACUGCCAGUGUCAGGUUCCCCUCAUAGGGUUUUAAGCACCAUUGACAGCAUUUUGAAUUCCCGAAGCCCGUUCUCACACAGCUCAUCUUAGCUCAGCUCAGCUCAGCUCUGGAGCCAUUACACUACAGUCGUGGUCAAAAGUUUUGAGAAUGACACAAGUAUUGGUCUUCACAAAGUUCGCUGCUUCAGUGUUAUGAGAUAUUUUUGUCAGAUGUUACUAUGGUAUACUGAAAUAUAAUUACAAACAUUCCAUAAGUGUCAAAGGCUUUUAUUGACAAUUACAUUAAGUUUAUGCAAAGAGUCAAUAUUUGCAUUGUUGACCCUUCUUAUUCAAGACCUCUGCAAUCCGCCCUGGCAUGCUGUCAAUUAACUUCUGGGCCACAUCCUGACUGAUGUUAGCCCAUUCUUGCAUAAUCAAUGCUUGGAGUUUGUCAGAAUUUGUGGGUUUUUGUUUGUCCACCCGCCUCUUGAGGAUCGACCACAAGUUCUCAAUGGGAUUAAGGUCUGGGGAGUUUCCUGGCCAUGGACCCAAAAUGUUGAUGUUUUGUUCUCCGAGCCACUUAGUUAUCACUUUUGCCUUAUGGCAAGGUGCUCCAUCAUGCUGGAAAAAGCAUUGUUCGUCAUCAAACUGUUCUUGGAUGGUUGGGAGAAGUUGCUCUCGGAGGAUGUGUUGGUACCAUUCUUUAUUCAUGGCUGUGUUCUUAGGCACAAUUGUGAGUGAGCCCACUCCCUUGGCUGAGAAGAAACCCCACACAUGAAUGGUCUCAGGAUGCUUUACUAUUGGCAUGACACAGGACUGAUGGUAGCGCUCACCUUCUCUUCUCCGGACAAGGUGUUUUCCGGAUGCCCCAAACAAUCGGAAAGGGGAUUCAUCAGAGAAAAUGACUUUACCCCAGUCCUCAGCAGUCCAAUCCCUGUACCUUUUGCAGAAUAUCAGUCUGUCCCUGAUGUUUUUCCUGGAGAGAAGUGGGUUCUUUGCUGCCCUUCUUGACACCAGGGCAUCCUCCAAAAGUCUUCGCCUCACUGUGCGUGCAGAUGCACUCACACCUGCCUGCUGCCAUUCCUGAGCAAGCUCUGCACUGGUGGUGCCCCGAUCCCGCAGCUGAAUCAACUUUAGGAGACGGUCCUGGCGCUUGCUGGACUUUCUUGGGCGCCCUGACGCCUUCUUCACAACAAUUGAACCUCUCUCCUUGAAGUUCUUGAUGAUCCGAUAAAUGGUUGAUUUAGGUACAAUCUUACUAGCAGCAAUAUCCUUGCCUGUGAAGCCCUUUUUGUGCAAAGCAAUGAUGACGGCACGUGUUUCCUUGCAGGUAACCAUGGUUAACAGAGGAAGAACAAUGAUUUCAAGCACCACCCUCCUUUUAAAGCUUCCAGUCUGUUAUUCUAACUCAAUCAGCAUGACAGAGUGAUCUCCAGCCUUGUCCUCGUCAGCACUCUCACCUGUGUUAACGAGAGAAUCACUGACAUGAUGGCAGCUGGUCCUUUUGUGGCCGGGCUGAAAUGCAGUGGAAAUGUUUUUGGGGGAUUAAGUUAAUUUUCAUGGCAAAGAGGGACUUUGCAAUUAAUUGCAAUUCAUCUGAUCACUCUUCAUGACAUUCUGGAGUAUAUGCAAAUUGCCAUCAUCAAAACUGAGGCAGCAGACUUUAUGAAAAUUGUACAUUAUAUUCAGCAGGCAGUCGUUUCUCAUCUUCCUAAAGAGAUGUUCAAUAGCCCAGGGUGGAACCAGGGGAAACAGUCUGUUUGAAAACAGAAAAGACUGCUACAAUACAAACUCAGGAACCAACAUUAAGCUUCCAACUCUUUCAGACAUGAUGUGUGGUGCUGAUUGACAGCUUUGCCUGAGGGAUGUUAGAGAGAGAAACAAUUUGUUAACACAGUGAGCUGCUUGGAAAUAUGUGACAGGACAUUUCAUGGUUGUUAGGUGUGCAAGGUGAAAACCGUUAUUUUCCAGCCAACUGGAAAUGAUUUGGGGGAAAGAACAAGCCCAGUUUAAAAAAGUAGAAACUGUGUGAAUGUUGAUGAUAUUUCAGUGCCCUCCGUAACCUAUUUCACGGUUGGAAAAUAAUCCUUGGCGCAACUAUCAUAACUGAAUUAUGAUAGACCCAUAAUAAGAUAAAGUAUUAAAUGUCUCUUUUGCACUUUAAAACAAAUGUAUCUUGAAUAAAUCCACAGAAUGGUUUAGGGUGCUGUAAAACAAAUAUACUGAACAAAAAUAUAAACGCAACAUGUAGUGUUGGUCCCAUGUUUCAUGAGCUGAAAUAAAAGAUCCCUUAAAUUUCUCUUACAUUUUGUGCACAAAUUUGUUUACAUCCCUGUUAGUGAGCAUUUUUCCUUUACUAAAAUAAUCCAUCCACCUGACAGUUGUGGCAUAUCAAGAAGCUGAUUAAACAGCAUGAUACUUACACAGGUGCACCUUGUGCUGCGGACAAUAAAAGGCCACUCUUAAAUGUGCAGUUCUGUCACACAACACAAUGCCACAGAUGUCAACAUUUUUAGGGAGCGCGCAAUUGGCAUGCUGCCUGCAGGAAUGUCCACCAGAGCUGUUGCCAGAGAAUUGAAUGUUCGUUUCUCUACCAUAAGCCGCCUCCAACAUUGUUUUAGAUAAUUUGGCAGUACGUCCAACCAGCCUCACAACCGCAGACCACGUGUAACCACGCCAGCCCAGGACCUCCACAUCCGGCUUUUUCACCUGCGGGAUCAUCUGAGACCAGCCACCAGGACAGCUGAUGAAACUGAGUAGCAUUUCUGUCUGUAAUAAAGCCCUUUUGUGGGGAAAAACUCAUUCAGAUUGGCUGGGUCUGGCUCCCCAGCGGGUGGGCCUGUCGCCCAAGUGGGUGCCUAAUGAAUGUAUGUCAAUUGACUGAUUUUCUUAAAUGAACUGUAACUCAUUAAAAUCGUUGAAAUUGUUGCAUGUUGCGUUUAUAUUUUUGUUCAGUAUACAUAAACUCUUCUCAGAUAAAUGUUUUCAGAAUAAGACACAUUUGGGGGAGCAUGUUUUAACAAAGAUGGCAAACAUGGCUAUGGUAGGGUUGACUGAAUCCAGCCCCAUGCCCUGAUACGUUAGAGAUGAUGACUCUGUUAUGACUGAUUGACUCGUCCUGUUUUGUGUUUUGAUGCAUAGAGAUCCGUAACCAGCUGGUGGAGCAGUUCAAAUGCCUGGAGCAGCAGUCCGAGUCUCGUAUCCAGCUUCUGCAGGACCUGCAGGACUUCUUCCGCCGCAAGGCUGAGAUCCAGCUGGAGUACUCCCGCAGCCUGGAGAAACUGGCAGAGCGCUUUUCCAACAAGAUCCGCAGCUCCAGAGAACACCACCAGUUCAAGUGAGUAUCCCUCCUUGCAGAGAUGAGACCACCACACCGCUAAAGACCACCUAGCUUCAAACUGAGCCAAACAUUUAAACUGUAUGUGAGGCAGCGAGGGAUUGUGUGUGCAUGUGUGUGUUCAUGCAAGUGUGUGUUUGUGUGUCUACUUGCCUUGCCAGAACAUGUCUACUCUGUUUGUGUGUUUGCUUGGGUGUGCAGAUAAAUGUUUUAUAUUGUCUUAGAGCGUGUGAACUUGUUGAGUACACAUGGAGUUACAUCCGUUCUUGCCAAGUUUUUCUCCCCAGAUCUCAAACUACUCCACCCUCUUUUUCUCACUGUAAUCUGUCCAAAAACGACUCCUGCUGCAUUUUAGGUUCACUGCAUAGCCUUUGGAUAUAAAUGUCCUUCUUAAAAUACGCAAGAAGAUAAUGAUUUUUCCUCUUUACUCAUUAGAAAUCUCAAACCAUCCAAUGGCGAUAGAAAAGUAAUCUCAUUCUGGAUGAAACCUCAAUUUUAAUUGGCAAAGCUGAUACUCAGCACUCCAGUGCAGAAUGUCCCCAUAUAAAGCUCUUGUUCCUGUAGCUCUGGGCUGAGGAGGGACUCAAAGCCAGCCAGGCCUUACCAGUAUUAUCCUAUAGGGUCGAGGCACGGCUGGGGCAAUGCAUGCUACGAGACUGGGCCUUGUUUUCCAUCACAUCAAUGGAUAAAUAGAUUUUUCUCUGCCAUUUAGGCAUGCCAGUGAUAUAUUUACAGCUUGCUAGCUAGCCCCAGCCUUUACACUGGAGCGUUUGAGUACAGUGCAGUCUUAUGCUGUAAAAUGUACUCCUCGUCCUCUGUCUGUACAGUAUGUACUGUACUCCCAACUUUUUAAUAUAAUGUAACACAUUCUAAAGGUUAACUAUUUUAAUAUGAUAACAGUGAUCAUAACAGUAGUUUUUAAACUUUGCAUGUCAGUGCAGGCAGUAAAGUAGAGAGGGGGUGUUUCAGAAGUGUGUCAUCCGGUUAGUUCAGGCCCUGGUGAAUUCGAUGGGGAUUUGACUCAGUAAUUGAGACCAACUGUUUUCGAGCAGGCAGCUUGCACCAGGGUCCCCAAGGCCAUGCUGACAGUAGACAGGCAUGUUCUGCUGCAGAAGCUAUGGCUUAACCAAGACACUUACUGUAUAGUAGAUCUUCUAGUAGACCAGUUCAAACAGUUCUUGAAGAGCAGGCACCAGCCACACAAUUCUUACCAGACUCAGCAUCUCAUCUUCCUCUGCCACCUCAAUGCUUUCACCAAGACUGCCUCAACCACUGGACUCACUCUCAUAGGGCUGCAGUAUAAAGCAGCCGUCUAGAAGUCUGUAGCCGCAGAGUCUUUGGCUGUGUGUAGUUGUCUGACGACACACACACACACACACACACACACACACACACACACACACACACACACACACGCGCACACACACACACACACACACACACACUGAAGAUCUGUGUGUUGGCAACAACGAAGUGUGACAUUUUGAUUACACACACUUCUUUAUGAGGGCCACGUUGGCUUCCUUUGGACUCCAUUAACCCAAACAAACACAAACAUAAAAAUGUUCAAUCAAUUAGCUUUGACAGUGUCCUUGUUAAAGACCCUCGCUUCAUAAAUAAACCCUGGGCACAACAUCUACUGUGUAUAUAUAUAUCACACACAACACAUAUGUAAUAUGGAUACUCUCUGGCUGUCUCUCAAAUAUGCAUGCGCUCAUGUGUCCUGUCUUUCACUGUGGUCUCGCUGUGUCUUUAGUUUAGAUACAAACAAGCCCCAACUCUCAGUUUCUCCCCUGAUCUUUUGUCUCUCUGUGGAUAUUUCUGAGUUGCCACAGCAGCCCAGCUCUCUGUGGAAGGAUAGGCCAUGAGCAGCAUGACUUCUCCGGUGCCUAGCAACUCAUGCAUGGCAGUCCCCUGCCUCUGCUAUACACUGCACAGCACUAUGGGAAAUGAAAACAGCACAGUUAAAGACUCUGGUCAGCCAGGGUAGGGCAGAGGUCCACAUUGAGCUGCUGGGUCACUGCCCCGGUCUUGUUGGCUUAACCCACACCAUACAAAUACGGCUUUAUGAGCUGAGUUAAUGACAGUAGUCACUGAUGCUAUGCCCAAUGCCACUGUACUUUACAGCUGCACUGCCAUGGGGCUGUAUGUCUGCUCGGUCUCCUCUUGGCUCAUGUACAUGAACAUAUCAGGCAACUAUAGUAUCUCUCGACUAAUUCAGAUGAGGGUGAAAUAUCCCAACACCCGCCUCUGAUUGGCCCAUAUGAAGGGAAAAGCUGAGGGCAUCAGUAUGCAAGAGAUCCCUGCAGCUCAGCUCAGUUCAGCCCCUAAUGUUCCAGCCUGCCUGGGUCUCUGCUUGGGAUCUGUCAGUCUGGUCCCAGUCAACCCACCCAACCCCACCAAAACACCAACCACCAGAAGUCUAUUUUCUAUUACAUCAAAUGGUGGCCUCACUGUCAGAGAGUUGUCAGAGAGUAGGUGAAGGCUUGUCUCUGCCCUUUAGAGGGUGCCUAUCUUUUUCAUUUUUUUACAUAUAGCUGGAUCUACACAACAGACAUGUGACGUGGCUCUAUCUUGACAUUAGACCACUUGAAGAUCAAACAAACUUUGAUUGUGGAGUGAACUAUCACUUUAAACCAUUUCGUCUGUGGGGCUUCGGGCACUUCCUAUUGCUCCUAGAAUGAUCUUCAAUGUCUAUGAGACAGACAAAAUAAAUUGAUUGAGGAGACGUUUUGGGGUUUAUCAUUAAAUGGGGAUUUUAAUCACCACCUAUUAAACUAAUAUGGUAUAUCAGUCAAAACAGUGAUUAAACAUUAUCAACAGCAAGCAAGCCAUUAUAAAGCAGCUCAUUUUAUAUUGAAAGGAAACAUAACCUGUCUGAGAGAGAUAAGAUAAAGCUUGCAUUAACGUCCAAACCUGUGUGUUCAUGUGUUUGUGCGUGUGCCUGCCUGUGUGCAUGUGUUGUGUUGUGUUGUGUGUGUGUGUGUCCGUGUGUGUGCCUGCCUGCCUUUAUGCGCGUGUGCAUGUGUGGGUAGGAGGGGGUCAUUAAUGAUUGUCCUGGUAUCGCGCUGAGCCAGAUUGUCUCCUCCACGCUCGUUCUGCUUGACUACAAACACUCUGGUGGCCUCCUCUUAUUUUUCUUAACCCUAGUUCCAUUUGAUGUUGCUGCCUGCAAUCUCUGUCCAGCUCCCUGUCUGGCUGCAAAACACAAAACAUGAGACUGACUUUUCAUGGUUUUUCAUUGUAAAUAAAAACAGUACUGUUUCGUAUUAAAAACCAAACCAGACCAUCCUGCAAUGCAGUAUGUAGCUACAGCCCAUAACUCUGAGUUGAAUUGAUUGCCUUUGACAUUUAAUCUAAUAUCACAUUUUCUUAAUCGGUCCAAAUACCAACCCCUUCGUGAACUAACAUUCGCACUGUUAUGCAUGGGGUUGCUUGGUUGGUGUACUUGCCUGUGGGGCAGAGGCAGACCAAGGGCUGCCAAAGGCUUAGAAUGAAUAUUUUUUAGGCUAGACUACAUACAUGCUGUACAUCAUAUUCUGUCUGUACAGAUUGCUUUGCACCAAUGCAUUUCUAAUUUACGGACAUUAGUGAGAACCAUACGGCCUCUGUUCUGUGUGCCCACCAGUCCUAACCAGCCCACUGACUGUACAGCCCCUCAUCAUCUGUACAGCCCACAUCACUGAGUCUUUCCCCGGUGGUCUAGUGUUAAAGGUUAAACUAUAGUGUUAAAGGUUCAACUAUAUCCCUGUCAGAAAGAGAGGCUGGGUGUGUUCACAGCAAACAUCAAACUCCUCUCCAAGGGAAAUUGUGAGAGGCUUGUAGUCCCAUAUCCCUUUGGUUUACAACCUCAACUGGAUGACAUCAGUAUCAGCAGAACCAGGCAGGGUUCUAAUGUGUGUGUGUGUGUGUGUGUGUGUGUGUGUGUGUGUGUGUUUAACAAAUGUUAUUUGUCACGCUUUGUAAACAACAGAUGCCCUUCCCAACAAUGCAGAGAGAAAAAAAUAGAAAGAUAACAACAAGGAAUAAAUACACAAUGAGUAACGAUAAUCUGGCUAUUUACACGGGGUGCCAGUACUGAAUCGAUGUGCAGCGGUAUGAGGUCAUUGAGGUUGAUAUGUACAGUGGUUUGUGAAAGUAUUCACCCCCCUUGGCAUUUUUCCUAUUUUGUUGCCUUACAUUUUUGGGGGGUUUGUAUCAUUUGAUUUACACAACAUGCCUACCACUUUGAAGAUGCAAAAUAUGUUGUAUUGUGAAACAAACAAGAAAUAAGACAAAAAAACAGAAAACUUGAGCGUGCAAAACUGCUCCAGCUCCUUCAAGUUGGAUGGGUUCCGCUGGUGUACAGCAAUCCUUAAAUCAUACCACAGAUUCCCAAUUGGAUUGAGGUCUGGGCUUUGACUAGGCCAUUCCAAGACAUUUAAAUGUUUCCCCUUAAACCACUCGAGUGUUGCUUUAGCAGUAUGCUUAGGGUCAUUGUCCUGCUGGAAGGUGAACCGUCCCAGUUUCAAAUCUCUGGAAGACUGAAACAGGUUUCCCUCAAUAAUUUCCCUGUAUUUAGCGCCAUCCAUCAUUCCUUCAAUUCUGACCAGUUUCCCAGUCCCUGCCGAUGAAAAACAUCCCCACAGCAUGGUGUUCUCGGGGUGAUGAGAGGUGUUGGGUUUGCGCCAGACAUAGCGUUUUCCUUGAUGGCCAAAAAGCUCAAUUUUAGUCUCAUCUGACCAGAGUACCUUCUUCCAUAUGUUUGGGGAGUCUCCCACAUGCCUUUUGGCGAACACCAAAUGUGUUUGCUUAUUUUUUUCUUUAAGCAAUGGCUUUUUUCUGGCCACUCUUCUGUAAAGCCCAGCUCUGUGGAGUGUGCGGCUUAAAGUGGUCCUGUGGACAGAUACUCCAAUCUCCGCUGUGGAGCUUUGCAGCUCCUUCAGGGUUAUCUUUGGUCUCUUUGUUGCCUCUCUGAUUAAUGCCCUCCUUGCCUGGUCCGUGAGUUUUGUUUGGCAGCCCUCUCUUGGCAGGUUUGUUGUGGUGCCAUAUUCUUUCCAUUUUUUUAUAAUGGAUUUAAUGGUGCUCCGUGGGAUAAUUUUUAUAACCCAACCCUGAUCUGUACUUCUCCACAACUUUGUCCCUGACCUGUUUAGAGAGCUCCUUGGUCUUCAUGGUGCUGCUUGCUUGGUGGUGCCCUUUGCUUAGUGGUGUUGCAGACUCUGGGGCCUUUCAGAACAGGUAUUUAUAUAUACUGAGAUCAUGUGACAGAUCAUGAUUGCACACAGGUUGAUUUUAUUUAACUAAUUAUGUAACUUCUGAAGGUAAUUGGUUGCACCAGAUCUUAUUUAGGGGCUUCAUAGCAAAGGGAGUGAAUACAUAUACACGCACCACUUUUACGUUAUUAAUAAAAAAAAAAAAAUUGAAACAAGUUAUUUUUUUCAUUUCACUUCACCAAUUUGGCUCGGAGGUAGAAGCUGUUCAGGAUCCUGUUUGUUCCAGACUUUGUGCAUCGGUACCAAGUCUGGAACCAACGCCGUGCGGUAGCAGAGAGAAUUGUCCUGGAUGGCAGGGAGCUCGGCCCCAGUGAUGUACUGGGCCAUACGCAAUACCCUCUGUAGCCCAUUGUGGUCGGAUGCCAAGCAGUUGCCAUACCAAGCAGUGAUGCAGCCAUUCAAGAUGCUCUCAAUGGUGCAGCUGUAUAACUUUUUUGGGAUCUGAGGGUCCUUGCCUAAUCUUUUCAGCCUCUUGAGGGGGAAGAGGCAUUGAUCGUGCCUUCUUCACGACUUUGUUGGUGUGUGUGGACCAUGUUCAUUCCUUUAUUGAAGUGGACAUUGAGGAACUUGAAGCUCUCGACCCGCUCCGCUACAGCCCCUUCGAUGUGGAUGGGGGCGUGCUCGGCCCUCCAUUUCCUGUAGUCCAUGAUCAGCUCGGUUGUCUUGCUGAUGUUGAGGGAAAGGUUGUUGUUCUGGCGUCACACUGCCAGGUCACUGACCUCCUCCCUAUAGGCUGUCGUAUCGUCGUCAGUGAUCAGGCCUACCACCUUCGUGUCAUCAGCAAACUUAAUGAUGUUGGAGUCAUGCAGGGCCACACAGUUGUGGGUGAACAGGGAGUACAGGAGUGGACUAAGCACGCAACCCUGAGGGGCCCCCGUGUUGAGGAUCAGCUUGGUGGAUGUGUUGUUGCCUACCCUCACCACCUGGGGGCGGCCCGUCAGGAAGUCCAGAAUCCAUUUGCAGAGGGAGGUGUUCAGUCCCAGGGUCCUGAGCUUAGUGGUGAGCUUGGAGGGCAUUAUGGUGUUGAACGCUGAGCUGUAGUCAAUGAACAGCAUUCUCAGAUAGGUGUUCCUCUUAUCAAGGUGGGAGAUUGCAGUGUGGAGUGCAAUAGAGAUUGUGUCAUCUGUGGAUCUGUUGGGGUGGUAUGCGAAUUGGAGUGGGUCCAGGGUGUCUGGGAUGAUGGUGUUGAGCCUUUCAAAGCAUUUCAUGACCAGCCUUUCAAAGCAUUUCAUGGCUACAGAUGUGCGUGCUACGGGGCGAUAGUCAUUUAUCAAAUCAAAUCAAAUCAAAUUGUAUUUGCCACAUGCGCCGAAUACAACAGGUGUAGACAUUACCGUGAAAUGCUUACUUACAGCCCUUAACCAACAAUGCAUUUAUUUUUUAAUAAAAAUGUAAAAUAAAACAACAACAAAAAAGUGUUGAGAAAAAAAGAGUAGAAGUCAAAUAAAAUAACAGUAGGGAUGCCACACACGGGGGUACCGGUGCAGAGUCAAUGUGCGGGGGCACCGGCCAGUCGAGGCAGCUGAGGCAAUAUGCACAUGUGGGCAGAGCCAAAGCGACCAUGCGUAAACAAUUAACAGAGUAGCAGCAGCGCAAAAAGAUUUAGACCGAUAACAUUGGCGUUCUUGGGCACAGGGACUAUGGCAGUCUGCUUGAAACAUGUAGGAAUUACAGACAGGGUCAGGGAGAGGUUGAAAAUGCCAGUGAAGACACUUGCCAGCUGAUCAGCGCAUGCUCUAGGUACGUGUCCUGGUAAACCAUUUGGCCCCGCAGCAAACUCCUCAAUGUUAUGGGAUGAAUCCCGGAACAUAUUCCAGUCUGUGCCAGCGAAACAGUCGUGUAGCUUAGCAUCCGCUUCAUCUGACCACUUCCAUAAUGAGCGCAUCACUUGUACUUCCUGUUUUAGUUUUUGCUUGUAAGCAGGAAUCAGGAGGAUGGAGUUAUUGUCAGAUUUGCCAAAAGGAGGACGAGGGAGAGCUUUGUAUGCGUUUCUGUGUGUGGGGUAAAGGUUACAUGCUGGUAAAAAUGAGGUAACCCCCCCCCCCCAACACCACCACCACAACCACACUGCUCUGGCCUAGGCUGCAGCUGCUUACUAUCAAAUGUUGGCACUGCCUCCUUUCCCCAAAAAAUUGGUUCUGCUGAAAGAUCUGCAAAUCAGCAUCGGUGCCUAUUGAAGCCCUGCUUGAAAGCAAUGGAAAUGCAUUUGAACUGCAAAGCUGGGGCUGUGUGCCCACGUUUCCCCCCUGUCUUUUGAUAUCACAUUUGAUUGUGUCUGUCCUUUCCUCGCUCUUCCAGAGGAAGAAACAGCAGGCAGUGCGGAGUGAAUUAAAAUCCCUUUACAGAGCUCUGAGUUUUGGUGUGCAUCCCAAAUGACGCCCUAUUCCCUAUAUAGUGCGCAACUUUUUAACAGGGCCCUGGUCAAAAUUAGUGCACAAUACAAGGAACAGGAUGCCAUUUGGGAAGUAGCCCUGGUGUGAUUAAUGUUGCCCAAUUCCUUGUGGAAGUUCAGAUGAAGGCGUUCUAUACAUCCAUGACUAAAGAGUGAAAAUGUUUCUACACAUCAGUUAAACUUGUUAAGGGUAUAGACUGAUUAUGGAAACAGUUUAUCAGCUAUUCAUCCUUGAACGAAAGGAUUAGCGAGGCAUCUUCAGAUUCUGAAGACGCACGAACGCACACACACACACGCACUCGACAUGCACGCACAUACACACACCAGGGUUUCCAUUAGGAAAAUGUGGAGCUGGACAAUCUGACCUGGAAGAUUUUAAUUUACCGGCCAUUUGAGAAAUAUACCGGACCCAUAUGCAUUGGGUGCGUAACUCGUUAGGGCGUCCACCCACGGUGCUCAGGAUGACAGAAAUCACAUUUAGAUUAUGGUAAUCGAUCUUAACAGAACAUGCAACUCAUGUAAUGAAGCAGACAAUAAAACGUUUUAUUAAAUAACGGCCGAAAUGUAAUUAGCGGGAAAACACCAUUCUAAACAGUGCACCUGGGAAAACACCAUUCUGAACAGCACACCUGAUAGCGGUUACUAAUAUGACUAGGAUUGUGCGUUUGGCUCCUGGACAACGAAAGAAAGUUGAUAUGAAAACCAAUGGAACAGGAGAUGAAUGGCAUAGCGGUGUGUCCAAUAGGGAAGUAAGUGCAAAUAAAUGUGCCCAAAUUAUAUAAUUACUCCUGUCUAUACACAAGCUCGUAGGUCUAUGCCUAUUUGGGAAACCCAUAAUUUGGGCAGCGUGUGUGGCAGUAGGGCUAGCUGAUUAUUGAGUUGCAGCUGUCAGUGAAAAGCAUCUCAAAUAUGUGUGAAGAUAAUGUGUCUUGAGCAUAAUUUAAAAUGUUGAGACAAGAAAAAGUAUGUAAGAUAUAGAUAUAGACGAGAUUUGUUAAUUCGUUCAUUGUCUUUUCUUUGGAGUGGUCCACAUGAGCAAUGAGCAUGUGUCUAGUUUCUCUGUCCUGAUAAUGUUGAGGGAGCGCGCGCGCCUGAGCACGCAUAGACGUACCUUGCCUUCUGCGCGGAAAUGUAGGAAAGUGUUUUUUUAACAUCGACUGCUAAUGAUAAUAUAGUAAAACUAUAGUUCCUCACUAUUGGAAAAAUCAUUCUAACAAUCUCCCCCUUGAUAAUUGCCAAACCUCGGUGUGAAAGAGCAAUUGAAGUUAUAGGCCUAUUGCUGCAUUGGCCUAUAGGCUAUGAGUUCCAUGCGCUAAUUUCUUUAGCUGCCAUAUGGCAGAGGCUGGUGAUCUUGAGUUGACUUUAAACUUUUAGAUUUGUAUAAUUUUAAUUCAGAUUUUUAUGUUUAACCACGUGACAAUGAUUUUGCGAAACGAAAACGUUAUUAUUGAAAUGAAACUGCUCCGAACGUGGUCCUCUGUAGCUCAGCUGGUAGAGCACGGCGCUUGUAACGCCAAGGUAGUGGGUUCGAUCCCCGGGACCACCCAUACACAAAAAAUGUAUGCACGCAUGACUGUAAGUCGCUUUGGAUAAAAGCGUCUGCUAAAUGGUAUAUUAUUAUUAAAAGGCGCAUAGGAAAAAAAGAUACAACGCAUAAGAAAUAUGUUUUGUAAACACAUUUGAAAUGCUUCUUAUUGUAAUUUUUGCUCGGCAUCAGACUAAUUUCCUCUCAGAUGAGAAUUCACAAACUGACAUUUAUUUUAUCAGCAGACAAAGCUCUGACUGAUGUGUAGUUCCUUUUUGGUGUAGCCAUCCUAAUUACCUUCAGAAGUCCUAGUCAUAUUUAAGAAAAACAUUAGGAAAUGUGGCUGGCUACAUUCUUUCUAUGAUAAACAGAAAUAUGAUGUCCAUGCAUAGUUUUUUCAAAAAAGACUGUGCGUUUUCAUUGUAAGCUCAAUUAACCUACUUGUGUGGCUGACAGCCAAAUAGCGUUGCACUUCUGUUGUUUUCUGAUGAAAAUGAAGCUAUUUUCUGCCAAAUGUAUUACACUAAUGUAUUUUCUGUGAAUGAAAACUGUAGUUACAGUAGAUGUCCCUGAUCACUCAGUUGAAGCAAAAAAAACACACUGUUGAUUUUCAAUAUAAAACGCGACCCCUGUCAAUACACAGCUGGACUCACCUGCUCCCGCUUUCUCCAGUUGUGCUAUUUACAAACAAACACGUGACUGGCUCAACUGUUCGGGGGAACUACGGUAAGCAUCAUGAUGUAAAAUAGACAGGUGAAAUGAAGAAUGCAAUCUGCUUCAUCUUCUAACAUAUUGCACAAAUUGACUGCAGGUCUUUACUUAAAAAGUAGCUACCAAUUUUAAAAUGUAUAGAAAAACUUCAAAUAAAUAGUUUCAACAAUAUUGAUGGUAUUGAAAAACCAUCCCCUGGCUAUUUCGAAAUACCCUGGUGUACCCUGGUGUACGGUAUAUAGGGUAUACUGUCCAAGCCUACCAAGGUCUGAUUUAGGAUCAUACUGUCUGUCUGAAAAGGAGGUACUGUUAUAGUUAUACUAGAGCUGUGACCUGUGGGUCUACAACCCACUGCUCCAUUACUAUAAAACCAGGGCUGCAUUUAUCACUGGGUGAAAAUAAUCAGCUCCCUUCCUCUCUCUCUCCCGGAGCAGAGAUGUGUCCUGCUGCAGCCGCACAGCCACACAGGCCUAAUUGCUUGCCUUUUUGUUCCCAGUUCCUGUGAAAUGAGGACAGCAGCUGGGGAGAAGAGAGCCUGUGUCCUUUUCUCUUUCCUCAGGAAAAGGGUUUAACCAACAGCCCAGAGAAACAAUGACAGGCCUGGCCAGAUUCUCAGAUGUCUCUUUUCGGAGGCUCUGCUAAUAGUUAUGGUCUCGUGGUGUGGGUGGGUGGGUUUUUGCAGCGUUGGCAGUUUCAGUGCUGCAUUGAACGUCACAAUGAAUAGGCUACUUUGUCACAGAGUGUUGGAACUCCCUCCCUAUCUAUAUCUAUAUCUAUAUCUAUAUCUAUAUCUAUAUCUAUCUGUCUGUCUGUCUGUCUGUCUGUCUGUCUGUCUGUCUGUCUGUCUGUCUGUCUGUCUGUCUGUCUGUCUGUCUGUCUGUCUGUCUGUCUGUCUGUCUGUCUGUCUGUCUGUGUCUACCAGGCAACACACAACUAGCCCUGAGCUCCUGUCACGGUAAACAGCUGACUUUAUUUUAAUAAUCAGGGGAAAUAAGUGAUUUUACGAGCAGAUGAAUAUUUUAUCAGGGAUUACAGGGGCUUGGAGAUGCCUGCUCAGCAUUUUUGCCGAACCAAGGGAGGUGGAGUACAGUACUAUAGACAGAGAGCCUUGUGAAUAGAGCCUUGUUGCUUGGAUGGCUAGGGAGCAGGGAGAGUGUGUGUGUGAGCCUGGUCGUGCUUAAGGAGGGGAUUAAGCAUCUCUGGCCACUCUAAGGGAUUAGGAGAGGAUAGAGGUGCCUGGUCCCUAGGCCUCUCAUCCACAAACACCAAUUACACAGCGAGGAGCUGCUGCUCUAACAACCAGAUAGGUCACUCAACCGGAACUGUUACAGAAUGAGGGCUGUGCUGAGACAGGACAUAGGCCAUCCCAGAAGGCAAGGAGAACAUGUUUCAUCACAUUGAGUUUCUAAUGUGGUUAGAGAGUCACCCACAGGCCUAUUGUUUCCUCUAUCUAGUCUCUCUGAGACCAUUAAUCACUUUUCAUAGCAACAGAAAGUUCAGUUUAAUCGUUCUAUUAUUACUAGUGACCUCUUGAUUAUUGAACUGACCCCAAUGUGGUUUAAUUGGGGGAUUUGCUCAUCUCAUUCAACUUACUUUCCCAUUCCUCUUGAUUACAAAACUGUAAAAGUCAUUUCUAAACCGUGAUCAGAUGGACAAUGCUUAAUCAGAUAUUUUCAAAUGCAGAAGUCUGAAAACCUACUUUCAUAGUAUAAUAUUAGACACAUCCAUUUUCUGCCUAACUUCUUCUUCGCAGCAAGCAUCCUUCCUCAAAUGGUGAGACAUCUUGGGCCAGCUGAGUUGACCUGCUAUAGCAUCUUGCCAGAGUCUUACAGUAUGUUAGCUGUGUCCAUUGUGGUGUUGUGCUGUGGGGGUAAGUGGGGGAAUAAUGGUAGCAACACUCUGGAGCAGACAUAUAUCAGCUUCUUAGAGGUGAUUAGCAGUGCGGAAGCUCUCUGUAGAGGGGAGCCUUUGAUGUCAGCGCUCAUCAUUUUUCUCUGAAGCAAGUGCAUGUGCAGUUUUCACCUCGGCUCAGUGAAACCCUCUGCUGCUAUCAAUGUGUGUGUGUGUGGGGGGGCAUUGUGUUCGUGUGUGUGACUGUGUGUGUGUGAACAUACACUGGAGGGGGAUGCAGUAAAAGCUGAUUAGGCUUCAGUCAGAGUCCAUGCCUGUCAGGGUCAUUAUGGUAACCAGCGUUAAGGAUUUAAGCAAUCAAUGCUGUGUCAGACUGGAGCGCUGCGAGGAGAAACGAUUGGCGUCUGUUCUAGGAUAGUGCCAUCACUGUAGAGCAGGGGUGUCAAACUCAUUCCAUAGAGGGCCUUGUGUCUUUUUUUCUUUCAAUUAAGACCAGGUGAGGGGAGUUCUUUACUAAUUAGUGACCUUAAUUAAUCAAUCAAGUACAAGGGAGGAGCGAAAACCCGCAGACACUCGGCCCUCCAUGGAAUGAGUUUGACACGUGCCAUAGAGAGAGGGAGAGAGGGAGGGAGGGAGGGAGGGAGGGAGGGAGGGAGGGAGGGCGGGAGAGAGAGAUGGGUGAAAGGGUGAGAGCGAUAAGGAGGGAAUGAAAUGAAAGAGGGAGAGAGACAGAGAGAGAGGCAGAGAAAGAGAAAGGGGGAAUGAGGUAGGGAGAGGGAGAGAGAGAGAGAGAGAGAGAGGCAGAGAAAGCGAGAGUGUGGUGUGAUGUCUGAUGUCAGUGUGGUUAAGUCUCUGCAGUCAGCCAACAGUGGGAUCAUGCAGCAGCUGUAUUAUUUACUGGGAAAAGGAAUCAGUCUCAGAAGCCCUCAUGUUGUACUCCAACAAAAGCUGUUAAAUACACAAACACAAUGCCUGUGUAUGUGUUGUGUUGUCUGUUUGUGUGUUGUAUACCCAGCGCAACCCUGGGUAAUAUAGGCUGCUCACUCAUAUUCACUGGGGUGGGCUAUGCUCAACUUAAUGGCAAGUCAUCAACCUGUCAGUCUGUCUGGUGCACAAAAUGAAAAUAAAUGAUUAGGGUGAAGUCGAAGGCUUUUUCUGUGGGAGUUCAGAUAUUUGUUCUGACCAUCACUUUGUCUGUUUAUACUCCUAUGUGUUGAGCCUGUUGAAUAGACAGCCUAAUCAGAUAGUAGACCUUUGAAAUAUUGAAAUGAUGAAAGCAGAGACAAACCACAGGUAUGUACAGUAUGUUACAGUAACACUUUGCUGAUCACUCUAACGUCACCUCCUCUCUGUGUUGUUGUGUUCAGGAAGGACCAGCACCUGCUGUCCAGUGUGAACUGCUGGUACCUGGUACUGAACCAGACCAGGAGGGAGAGCAGGGACCACGCCACCCUCAACGACAUCUACACCAACAAUGUCAUUGUCCGCCUUGCCCAGAUCAGCGAGGACGUCAUCCGCCUCUUCAAGAAGGUCUGUCUGUCUGUCAUCCUACUGUCCGUCCGCCUGUCCUCUCCUUAUCACCUGUGUUCAGAGUUGAAGAUACAAGUGAGCACUAGCUUUUAUCGUUCACUUGCUGAGCAGUAAUGGGCAGGAUGUCGAUUGGCCUUUCUCUAAGAUCGUUAUCAUACACAAAUAACACCAGACCUCAUUGCUCUUUUGCUUAAGGUUACGACCACAUUCAAACCAGUUUUCACCUGGGCCUUUGAAAUGAGUCUGAAAGAAAGCAAUUUGCCUCCAUCCUUUCCAUAUUCUUUAGUAUACAGAUUGAUGGUUCUGUGAGACUAUGUGAGCAGUGAUGUGUUUUGAGCGGCUACAUUAUCAACUGACCCGAAUGCCAGCACAUUGGAUUUGUAUAGCUCCGUCGGGCAUAAAUAAGUUCCAUGUGGCAUGUGGAGUAGUAGUGCAGUAGCAGGGUUGAGGUAGAGCAGGGUACAGCAGGGUAGGGUACCCCCCUGGCCCCCUAACCCCCCAUAGGCCCCUGCUGGUGUGAGCAGGGUCUGGCCCAGUGUCAGCACAUAGCAGAGAUGACUGAGGUCUAACCCAAACACCAGACCCCUGUUUACACCUGGCAGGCCUUCCUGGAGGUGAGUCCCAACCCGCGUUACCAGCCUCCAUUGACACACCACUAUGUGUGUGUGUGUGUGUGUCAGCAGGAAUGUGAAUGGGGGAAACAAGCAACACAUGCUUUAGAGAGCGCCAGCCAGGGCUGAAAACAGAACAACACAGCCUCCUGUUAGUCAGUAAAUUGCCCUCAAGUAGCUUUUCCUCUAGCUGGUAAUAUGAAUGGAGCUACGCGUGCUUGCUGGCAGGCCUCGCAGUGACAAUGGAUAACAUGUCAAAGAAAUAUGCUGCCUAGCUUUGUAGCUGUCAAGUAAAUGAAUGGAAGAGAGAGCUGAAUAGGCUACAAGUCGAUCAAGCAGCCCCGAUGAUGAAAGAAAGACCCGAUGAUGCCCAAGAUUUCUGAUAUCCAGAUAGUCAUAAAUGAAUACUCCAUAAAUAGGGCCAUGAGUUUUUCCUGACCAUGUGAUCUGACCUUUGACCUGACCAGGAAUAACUCUGGGCCUUUUCUAGACUGGAUCUGUUCUGGGAAAAAGACACAGGUCUUGGUUGUAGUAUUUCUCUCCUCAGUGAGGUGUUCUCUGUUGGAGGUUUAGUAGCCUCUGAGUCUGGUUUAUUUUGUCAGCCAAUCAAAGCUGCUCUACAGUCAGAGGUUCCAUGUCUAGAAGAGACAUUUCUAAUCAAUGCAAAAUGGAAUAAAAAUUACGGAAUUAAAAGUUCGCUAAAUGAGAAGGAGUGGGCUACAACAAGGUUGUUGUUCUUAAUCAUGGUGUUAUUUGUUUACAAGGACGGGGAGCGCAGCAUAUUGUAGCCUAAAUUAGCUAGUUAGCUAGCUGGCUAGCUUAGCUAUCUUCUCUACAUCGAUUUGAUGCAGUCAAGACAGGCACUGUCAUGGGAUGAUAAGAGAACAAGCAGCUAACGUUACAAGUUUGUCUGACUAGCGUGAGCCAUCGUGGCUACUUUCUAGUCUCACUCUCCAUCUCACAAAUCUAUACACACCGGCCCCUCCUCCGCCCGCUGCUGUAGCAGCAGCAGAGCGGAACAGUCUAAAAAAAAAAAAAAACACGUAUUUCGACUAUACGGAUAUUCGAAAAAAAAAUCCUAAUAUUAUUUGAAUAAUGAAAUUAUUUCAAAUGGCCAUACCUAACAGUGGCCCACCACUGCUAAAUUGUUGCCACUGCUGCAAAAAAUAUGAUGUUAUUAAAAAUGAUGACCUGGCCUCCAAAAGUGUGCAAAGCUGUCAUCAAUGCAAAGGGUGGCUAUUUGAAGAAUCUCAAAUAUAAAAUAUAUUUUGAUUUGUUUAACACUUUUUUGGUUACUACAUGAUUCCAUAUGUGUUAUUUCAUAGUUUUGAUGUUUUCACUAUUAUUCUACAAUGUAGACAAUAGUAAAAAUAAAGAACAACCCUUGAAUGAGUAGGUGUAACUUUUGACCGGUAGUGUAUAUAUAUUUCUGCCGAAACAUGCUUUUAUGGUCGUUGACUCAAUGAAUGGAAGUCUGUGGGAACAGCUAGCAUGUCCCCCCUGCUACAUUUGCCACCACUGCAGGAAAAAAUGCUAGGGGAAACACUGUGAUUUUCUAGGUCGGUGCUUCCGAACCAGGGGUACUAUGACCCCUGGGGGUACUUGGCCUAUCCACAAGGGGACUUGAGAAGACUCAUGAGACCAUAGACCUACUGGUAAAAUGCACGAGGGAGUACUUCAGGGGUACUCCAGCAGAGCAAAAUUCAGUUGGUGGUACAGUAACAGAAAAAGGUUGGGAACCACUGGUCUAGGUUGCCUGUCUGGUAUGGUAAUGACUGGUUUCUCACACCCGUGGGAACAUUAUCAAGGUCUCACAAUCUUUUUAAUAAAGACAUAUUUUAUGCUUUUACAGGUAGUUAGCUACCAUUUUCAGGUAGUUAUUGGUGUUUAAGGUACCCAUGUCGAGCCAAUUGCUCAGUCGAGAACUGCAAGAUCUUGGUGAGGUGCACAGUUCAAAAUUCGGUCAUGAAAAAUAGAACAAACAAUGCAAUCAGGCUCCACUGUGUUCAUUUUUUCUCUAUUUUUAGAGAGAAGAGAGAAUUUCAUGAAUUUAUUAUUUUUGACUCGACAGCCAGAGCAGUUUUAGGCCAGCGCUAUCUGACUUGACACAUCCAUAUUCUUACUUUUCCACUCUCUGCUCCCUCAGUGCCUCUGCAGUACAUUCUCUCUCUGCAGUAUGUCUGACAUCAGAGCCACCCAUGCAUACAAAUGCCAUUCACCAGUUGCCAGGAGGCUUUCACAUAUUCCUCACACAAAGAGCUUCCCACUUAUCAUGUUCAGGCCAAGGCACUUUCAUAUCUGAUUUAACAUGACAUAUUUCCUGUCCUCUCUGGGAGUUUUGAAUGUAAAAUAAAAGAAUUUGGCUACCUCUCCCUCUCUCUCCCUCUCUGUCUCUCUCUCUCUCUGCCUCUCUCUCUCUGUCUCGCUAUCUUUGCUCAGUAUAGUUUAAAGGGCGGACCACAGAGGGACGCACAACCAUUGUCCAAUCAAAGAAAGCUCAGAAAAUUCCAUCUCAGCUGGCCCCUCCUCCUGUUGCUAUGAGCCCCUCCCUCCGUGAUUGAUUCCACAUUCCAAUUUUGACUCAUCAGCCUGCGUAUGUUAGGGCUUGGUUUUUAUGGUUAUAGCUUCAACCUGUUUGGCGUAACCCAUACAAAAAUAGAUGAUGUGCGGUCAAGUAUGAAAAGGGUGUGUGUGUGCCUUCAGGCAAGCUUACUUGCAUCUACCUGUAUCUCUCUCUCUCUCGCUCUCUCUCUGUGUGUGUGUGUGUUUGUGUGUGUGUGUUUGUGUGUGUGUGUGUGUGUGUGUGUGCGCGCGUGCGUGCGUGCAUGUGUGUGCAUGUUUAGAGAAUAGCCCUGGUGCUUGGCUCUGUGCUAUAGAGUCAGAGUGUAGCAGUGCUGCUGGCUCUAUCGAUCCCACAGUAUUACCCUCCAUUAUGAUUUAUGUCCAGGGAGGGCCACCAUAGCAGGCAGAACCAUAAAUCCUAGCAGACAUGGAGGUAUAGGGACCAUAUAUCAGAUUCAGUAUACACAGAGCUAGGGCCUGGAACAGUAGGGACUCUUAGACAGCGUAGGCUUUGGGUACACUGUGGGAAUGUGAAACGUCCUUUAUGUGUGUGUGGGUAGUAUGAAAGAUACUGUUAACAGUGAGAUAUAGUUUGAGAGUGUAAUUACUCAAGGUAUGUGUUCUAGAAAAAACUUUUGUGAAAAGGUUAGUCAGAGUUGUACUUCUGUGAAGUUAGUAAAGGUGUUAUUUCCUUUGUGUCCCUACUUCAUUUUCUGUGAAAACACAGUAAUGUGUUGUGUGGGUGGAUUCACACACCCAUGCAGUCUCAAUCUAGGAACAGUUUGCUUUCUGUGGCGCGUACCGCUGUGCUAGCAAGUACUUUCUCUCACUGAGCUCCCACAAUACCAGGUGUGUUCCCCACUCUCGUCAUCACUAGAUAGGUUGUGUGGGAUGGGUGUAAAUGCUGCAGUGUAUUUGUCAUCUGUAAAACACAUUACUCAUAGUCCUCCUCCAUCUUGAAGGCUGAUAGGAAAACUGAAUGUCACUGAAAAGUCAAGCUUCCAUCAGUUACAGCUUCUUUCUCAAGGCUCCUUUUGAAAAACAACACCGUACAUGACAUGACAAAAUGACAAUCUGGACAUUGGUUGACAACAGGGAAAAGAUGAAACGGCUGAUUGUGCCUUUUCUCAGUUUGAGUCAUUACUGAUAUUAUCUACUUAAGAAAUGGAAAGACAUCCAUGAACUGCAUGAUUGUGUGUGACCACAUCAUAUAGGCUAGUAAGUGGUAACACUAUAAAUGCUGAUGUUGAUGGUUCAGCCAUUUUGGGAGGGUGUUGUCCCAAUGCACUCGGUGCAGAUCAGAGGUGGCAGGUAAUAAGGAGAGGGAUGUGACAUUUACCCACCAAGCACCACAACUAAACAGCAGCUUUAACAGUCAGCAGCACAACAUCUGUAGCUUAACAUAGCCCACAUGUAAAAAUCACAGGAAGAGGCAGUGCAGGGUGGAACAUGAAACCACACGUACUCCAGCCCUCUUCAGUCAGAGAGGGAGAGAGGCCAGAUGGGAAGUUCAUUCACUAGUCUAGUGGUUGAUUGUGUUCCACUGGCUGGUCUGGCAGGCAGUCUCUCUUUUAGAAUAAUGUAUGUUUCUGUCCAUCCAUCACAUGUAUGUUUAUACUGUUGGUCACUGCACUGUAUGUGCACCUUCUUAAACUGCUGUCAAGAUUCAAACAAUCCAGACAGUCUCAUCACCACCAACACACUGAAAAACCAUUGCCUGUCAGUUUGUUGAUACAGGAUAUUCAUCACUAUUUUGGCUAUUUGUUGAUGCACUGUAUCCACUUGGAUCAUAGAAGUGAAUUGAUUGAUGUGCAUUGUCCCUAACUGCUUUCCAACACCUUGUUUUUCAGAGCAAGGACAUUGGGAUUCAGAUGCACGAGGAGCUGGUGAAAGUGACAAACGAACUCUACACUGUGAGUACAACAAAACCCAUCUUCUCCUCCCCUGUCAGAAUCGAUUCCAUCUCUCCUCUUGUUGCAUCUCUACAUCCAGACACAACCAGUAUCAGGGCCUCUCUCUCUCUCUCUCUCUCUCUCUCUCUCUCUCUCUCUCUCUCUGUCUCUGUCUCUGUCUCUGUCUCUGUCUCUGUCUCUGUCUCUGUCUCUGUCUCUGUCUCUCUCUCUGUCUGUCUGUCUGUCUGUCUGUCUGUCUGUCUGUCUGUCUGUCUGUCUGUCUGUCUGUCUGUCUGUCUGUCUGUCUGUCUGUCUGUCUGUCUGUCUGUCUGUCUGUCUGUCUGUCUGUCUGUCUGUCUGUCUGUCUGUCUGUCUGUCUGUCUGUCUGUCUGUCUGUCUGUCUGUCUGUCUGUCUGUCUGUCUCUCUCUCUCUCUCUCUCUCCUCUCUCUCUCUCUCUCUCUCUCUCUCUCUCUCUCCUCUCUCUCUCUCUCUCUCUCUCUCUCUCUCUCUCUCUCUCUCUCUCUCUCUCUCUCUCUCUCUUCUUUUUAUAACCCCCUCUCUCUCUUUCUCUCUCCAACUGCAGUGUUGAGCUCAGAUGUAGAGGAUGAUAAGGAGGAGGAGGUGGGCGAUUGUUAUGAUGAUAGAAUGGAACGUUGCAUUUCUCUCCAAGUGGGCCAGUUGCAGGCUGCAGCUCAAAUCACUUCCACAUUGCAGGAUGUUCUGGUGCCAGUGGCUGGGCCCACGGUAACAGGAAUGCAAAACACCAUUCGCUCAACCAUCGGGUCUACUGUAUCUAUGUGUCCGUCAGGGCUUCUCUCUAUGCCUUAUUAACUCUUCUGUAAACUUUCCUUUGUGACCAGGGAGAAAUGAAGGGCACACUGUGUGACACUGUGCUUAUGCCCCCCUGUCGCGUUGUGAAGCUCAUACUAAAGGAGACACUGUGCCCAUGUCUGGAGAAGCUCCAGGCAACUUCAGCAGUCCUCUAGCUCCCCCAAGGAGAGCAGACUUCGAUUACUUAUUCAUCUGAUGUCACGAGUGACAGGCUAUCAAAGGACAUGGCUGAUCAGGCCAUCUGUCCACCACGACACUGUAAAAAGGGGUUAUAGGGAGUUAGAAUAGAGGUUCUAUCGCCUUUUAAAGAGAAAGAUCAUCAACCCAGUGUUGUGCUGCAUUAAAGGCAAGGACAUGAGAGCUCACGGCUCAUCAGCAGCACCUCUGUCUGCCCUCGAGUCUGCCAGGCUUUCCCCACCAGGUUCAUGAAUGAGACAGAGAUUGUUUUUCCUCUUAAGCGGCUGGUGUCCUAAACCCUACCCUGUGUGGGGUACGGCCCAGGGGGCUCGCUCCAGCAGCAGUGUGCAUUUCAAGGUCACAGCCAGAGGAGUCCAAAUGCAUCAGGGUGCAGACAAGAUAAUUAUUCUGCUGCUCCACCUGCUCUUCAACAGCUAGGGCCAGGCAUGGCUUGGUUAAAUAUGUGGGCUGCUAUCAGAUUGAAUGGCCAGGAUAAUGUUUUAUGAUAAUGGAGAGAGGCUCUUAAAUUGUCCCUCUCUUCUUCAAGCCCCAUUUGCCUCCUGUGGUGCCCCAUUUCAUUUUUGCCCCAUCUCAAAAAUCGAACUAAUCAGAAUCAGAAACCCACAGCAGUGACUUUUUUCCAGAAAGACUCUGAUGGUGAUGAUAAUGAUGAUUGAGGAUUGUUAUAAUUAGUCAUUGAAUAAAAUGGCAGUUAAAAAACACGGGAACAGUUGAAGCUUUUAGCUCACUGGUAAUCAGAUGACAGAUCUUAUGGACUGCAAACAACAAUGCAUUUUGCCAGAGGUAGAAUUGCAGAAAUCCCUUGUGAAUCCCUUUCACAUUCACUAACACAGAGGGGAGAGAUUUAAGUGUGUUGGGCUGAAGCCAUUGUUCAAACAUUAUUUAAAGUAUCUGCUGCUGGUGCUACUGAGACAGCUAUUGAUUUGAUGGCGUGAUGCUUGAUGCCUGUGGCUUGAAUUAUAUGUAGUGAACCUGAAAUUAGAAAUGAGAGCGAAGACCAGCAAUUUCUUCAGUGGAUCACAGAAUCAAUUAUUCACCUGGCUGCUCUGAUCCAUUUAAUCAACAUAAAUAUAUAUUUAAAGUUUUUUGAAUUAUCCUGACAGUACAGGAGCAAAAAGUCCUGUUGCAGUUCACUUGGUUCAUUUGUUAUUAAUCUCUGCCACACUAGAGGCUGUUUGUUUAAUGAAUGCAGAAGCAUGCUGCCCUGGUAUUAAGUUUGUUGCAAUAAAUUAUGGAAAUUAUGGAGAUGUUCUGCUCUCUGUAAUGAUGGAGAUGUUCUGCUCUCUGUUUCCACCCUGGGUCUGAGAUGGGCAGUAUAGUCUGAUAAUGACUGUCCCGGUGAAGUGACUCACAACAGGUCUGGUUUCUCCAUCUCUCUCCAGUUUCAUUCCGGGGUGCUCCUCUGACUGUCAUUGUAAUUGUGUUAGCCAUAAUGGCCAUGUUUAUUUUGACAGGUCUUUUGGCACAACACGUUCAUAUUUUUCCAAUUGACAAACUACAGGAAACCAAUUUGGUUUGAAUACACAGGCUCAUAGAACACAGAAUCAAAUAUCAAAGUGGCAUAUUUGACACAACAUAUUAGGUUGGGUUGGUUGAGGUCUCAGCAUUAAUAUCAAUGCUGCAACCACGGUUCACUUUAAGUGGAAAUCACGUCUGUCUGUAUUGCCACAAUGAAAUAUGUUCAUUGUAGCUUUCGUCAGUGCAGAAACAGAGAACAGCCUCAGGUUAUUGUUUCAGUGGAGACAGUAACCACAUGCACACACCUCCCGGAAGGUAGACCCUGCCUCACCUCAAUGUUCUGCAAAUUACUUUCUGUCUUUUGCUGCAGGUCUUUUAGUUGUGCUGCUCAAAGUUCCCUGGAAACCCUGUUUUCUUUUCACGCUGUUGGAUAAAUGGGUUGCCAGCCUAGGGAGAUGCACACUGCUAGCCCUAGUUUCCCCAAACACUGAAGUGACUUCUUUGUACUGUGUGCUCUGUCAUAUACUAGAAUAGACAAGAGUUUGUUUUUGCUUUACGUUUUUUCUUUGAAGUGUUUGCCUUUCAGAUGUUUGUCAGGUUUUUUUUACUCUCCUAAGACUUGUAGCGCCUUGUGCAGUGGAGUUCUGUUAAUGAAAGCAACUGGCUGGAUGAUAAAAAUAAGCUGUUUUUCAGACUAAGAAACCUUAAUAUCAUACAGUAGCAGUCAACUGGAAAUAGUCGAGGUUCCGGUUGACGUAACCCUAACCCAUGUUCUUAUAACCUUCUUUUUCCAGAUUAAAGGGAGUCAUACCAUCCGGUCAGAUGAUACUAUACAAAGUGAGCAUUUACUACAGGAAGAGAACAAGCUAGCGUUAAUGUCAGGCUCUCAGUCUGUCUAACAUCUAGUUCUAGUACUGGGUCUUGCUCACUGCCGAGUUACACGCCCAGGAGGCGUUUUAAGACGCUGCACACAUCUGUGCUGUACUUUACAAGGCUGCUCAAUGAGCUGCUAAGACCUCCUGAGGCCAGACCACAUAAUAGUGGGCCUAACCCUCAGACAGACAGACAGACAGCAGAGUGGGUCUAACCCUCACAGACAGACAGCAGAGUGGGUCUAACAUUUAGACAGACAGAAAGACAGCCGAAUGGGUUUACAUCUCAGACAGAAUGACAGCAGAGUGGGUCUAACCCACAGACAGCAGAGUGGAUCUAACCCACAGACAGACAGACAGACAGACAGACAGACAGACAGACAGACAGACAGACAGACAGAACGGUGGGUCAGAAGGGAGGAGGGGUGUAUCUCUUUGUUAACAAAAGCUGGUGCGCGAUCUCUAAUGUUAAGGAAGUCUCUGGUUUUUGCUCGCUUGAGUUACCUCAUGAUAAGCUGCAUACUAUAAUAUUUACCAAGAGUAUUCAUCUAUAUUUUUUGUAGCUGUCUAUUUACCAUCACCCGAUGCUGGCACCAAGACCGCACUCAACGAGUUGUAUAGGGCCAUAAACAAACAAGAAAAUACUUGUUGCCGGUGAUUUUAAUGCAUUUUUACCAGCAUGUCACCUGUGCAACUAGAGGUGACAAAACUUUAAAUCGCUUUUACUCCACACACAGCAACGCGGUCAAGGCCCUCUCUCUCCCUCCCUUUGACAAAUCAGACCAUAACUCUAUCCCCCUGCUUUCUGCUUACAAGCAAAAACUCAAACAGGAAGUACCAGUACUGCGCUCAACACAGAAGUGGUCUGAUGAAGCGGAUGCUAAGCUACAAGACUGUUUAGCUAGCACGGACUGGAAUAUGUUCUGGGAUUCAUUCGAAAACAUUGAGGAGUGUACCACAUCAGUCACCGGCUUCAUUAAUAAGUGCAUCGAUGAUGUCGUCCCCACAGUGACCGUACGUACAGUUGAAGUCGGAAGUUUACAUACACUUAGGUUGGAGUCAUUAAAACUCGUUUUUCAACCACAAAUUUCUUGUUAACAAACUAUAGUUUUGGCAAGUUGGUUAGGACAUCUACUUUGUGCAUGACACAAGUAAUUUUUCCAAUAAUUGUUUACAGACAGAUUAUUUCACUUAUAAUUCACUGUAUCACAAUUCCAGUGGGUCAGAAGUUUACAUACACUAAGUUGACUGUGCCUUUAAACAGCUUGGAAAAUUCCAGAAAAUGAUGUCAUGGCUUUAGAAGCUUCUGAUGGGCUAAUUGACAUCAUUUGAGUCAAUUGGAGGUGUACCUGUGGAUGUAUUUCAAGGCCUACCUUCAAACUCAGUGCCUCUUUGCUUGACAUCAAAAGAAAUCAGCCAAGAAAAAAAAAAAGUCUGGUUCAUCCUUGGGAGCGAUUUCCAAAUGCCUGAAGGUACCACGUUCAUCUGUACAAACAAUAGUACGCAAGUAUAAACACCAUGGGACCAUGCAGCCAUCAUACCGCUCAGGAAGGAGACGCAUUCUGUCUCCUAGAGAUGAACGUACUUUGGUGCGAAAAGUGCAAAUCAAUCCCGGAACAACAGAAAAUGACCUUGUGCAGAUGCUGGAGGAAACAGGUACAAAAGUAUCUAUAUCGACAGUAAAACAAGUCCUAUAUGGACAUAACCUGAAAGGCCGCUCAGCAAGGAAGAAGCCACUGCUCCAAAACUGCCAUAAAAAAGCCAGACUACGGUUUGCAACUGCACAUGGGGACAAAGAUUGUACUUUUUGGAGAAAUGUCCUCUGGUCUGAUGAAACAAAAAUAGAACUGUUUGGCCAUAAUGACCAUCGUUAUGUUUGGAGGAAAAAGGGGGUAGCUUGCAAGCAGAAGAACACCAUCCCAACCGUGAAGCACGGGGGUGGCAGCAUCAUGCUGUGGGGGUGCUUUGCUGCAGGAGGGACUGAUGCACUUCACAAAUUAGAUGGCAUCAUGAGGAAGGAAAUUAUGUGGAUAUAUUGAAGCAACAUCUCAAGACAUCGGUCAGGAAGUUAAAGCUUGGUCGCAAAUGGGUCUUCCAAAUGGACAAUGACACCAAGCAUACUUCCAAAGUUGUGGCAAAAUGGCUUAAGGACAACAAAGACAAUCCUAUAGAAAAUUUGUGGGCAGAACUGAAAAAGCGUGUGCGAGCAAGGAAGCCUACAAACCUGACUCAGUUACACCAGCUCUGUCAGGAUGAAUGGGCCAAAAUUCACCCAACAUAUUGUGGGAAGCUUGUGGAAGGCUAGCUGAAACGUUUGACCCAAGUUAAACAAUUUAAAGGCAAUGCUACCAAAUACUAAUUGAGUGUAUGUAAACUUCUGACCCACUGGGAAUGUGAUGAAAGAAAUAAAAGCUGAAAUAAAUCAUUCUCUCUACAAUUAUUCUGACAUUUCACAUUCUUAAAAUAAAGUGGUGAUCCUAACUGACCUAAAACAGGGAAUUUUUUACUAGGAUUAAAUGUCAGGAAUUGUGAAAAACUGAGUUUAAAUGUAUUGGGCUAAGGUGUAUGUAAACUUCUGACUUCAACGGUACAUACCCCAACCAGAAGCCAUGAACUACAGGCAACAUCUGCAGUGAUCUAAAGGCUAGAGCUGCCACUUUCAAGGACCGAGACAAUAGUCCGGACGCUUAUAAUAAAUCCCGCUAUGACCUCCAACUAGCCAUCAAACAGGCAAAGCGUCAAUAUAGGACUAAGAUCGAAUCCUACUAUGCCGGUUCUGACACUCGACGGAUGUGGCAGGGCUUGCAAACUAUCAUGGAUUACAAAGGUAAACCCAGCCGCGAGCUGCCCAGCAACGCGAGCCUACCAGACAAGCUAAAUGCCUUCUAUGCUCGCUUCGAGGCAAGCAACACUGAACCAUGCAUGAGAGCAACAGCUGUUCCAGACGACUGUGUGAUCUCGCUCUUCAUAGCCAUUGUGAGUAAGACCUUUAAACAGGUUAACAUUAGCAAGGCCACGGGGCCAGACGGAAUACCAGGAUGCAUACUCAGAGCAUGCGCUGACCGAACACCUCCCUCUGCAACUGGAUCCUGGACUUCCUGACGGACCGCCCCCAGGCGGUGAGGGUAGGCAACAACCCAUCUGCCACCAUCAACACUGGGGACCCUCAGGGGUAUGUGCUUAGUCCCCUCCUGUACUCCCUGUUCCCCCACGACUUUGUGGCCGUGCCACAACUUCAACACCAUCAUCAAGUUUGCUGACGACACAAAGAUGGUAGGACUGAUCACCGACAAUGAUGAGACAGCCUAUAGGAAGGAGGUCAGAGACCUGGCAGUUUAGUACCAGGACAACAACCUCUCCCUCAAUGUCAGCAAGACAAAGGAGCUGAUUGUGGACUACAGUAAGCGGAGGGGCAAGCGCGCCCCCAUCCACAUCGAUGGGGCUGUAGUGGAGUGGGUCAAGAGCUUCUAGUUCCUUGGUGUCCACAUCACUAAGGAAUUAACAUGGUCCACACACACCCACACAGUUGUGAAGAGGGCAAGACAGCGCCUCUUCCCCCUCAGGAGAUUGAAAAGAUUUGGCAUGGGCCCUCAGAUCAUCAAAAAGUUUUACAGCUGCACCAUUGCGAGCACAAUAAUUUAGCUAGGACUGUCUGGGAGUGGUCUGAGAGCGGGACCUAAUUAGUUUAGACUAAUGGGAGGGAUAUGUAACCUUAAAACUAGCUGUUAUUGGUAGAGGUUUUAAACUCUUUUUAUUAUUGGUCAAUUAACUUAUACCGCCUGGUGAUGUCGCCAGGCAGGCCAAAACUCCACCCAUGCAAAACUAACUGAAAUUUCAGGCAGUCUUUUUAAACAGCUCUUACACUAAAAUGGUAUUAUUAUAAUUUUCACAAUUUCACAGUAUUAUUCCAACCUGUAUUAUUCUAAAACAUGGAAAAUCACGCUUUUAAGUGCAAUGCCCCUUUAACAAACAGAUUUAAGAUUAGUCUAUGUAUUCAACUAGACAAGUUGUAUUACCAGUGUUUUUGGUGGAAAGGGCUUUACUGUACAUCCCAUCCAUUACAGUUAUUUGUUUUUAUUUGUGACAGAGGGAAUAAUGACUGUCGGACUGCAGAGAGAUCACAGUAGGGAGGGGAAAGGCAGAGAGAUCACAGUAGGGAGGGGAAAGGCAGAGAGAUCACAGUAGGGAGGGGAAAGGCAGAGAGAUCACAGUAGGGAGGGGAAAGGCAGAGAGAUCACAGUAGGGAGGGGAAAGGCAGAGAGAUCACAGUAGGGAGGGGAAAGGCAGAGUGCACAAUGGUGUAACUAUGCCACACAAAUGGCAUGAAAUGAACAAGCAUUAGGUGAUGAACAGUUUAUCCUGAUUUACAAAGCCAGAUCCAGGGGGAGAAGGGGGAGGAGAGGGGGUGUGGAUGUGUCAAGUCUGGCCCAGAUGAGAUGAGCUAUAGUACCAUACACAGCCCUGGGCUCCCUGAUUCAAUCAGCCCUCCAUUGAAAACAUCAACUGUCUGUGUGUACGCUCACUGAGCUUAGGCCAACAAAGGAGCAAAUAACAGUUUCCAUAUGUGUCAAAGUUGAAGAGAGUAUAUUAUGCAGUUUCUCAUUAAGUCGUUGGAUCUCUGGAUGCAGACUGGUCUGUGGAUGUGAGAUAAAGGAGCUGUGAUGUCCUGUGCUUUGCCUGGCCCUGUUAUGCAUAUUCAUGGCCAGCUGUGGUCCUGAUGAGAAUACUGAUGUGAUCCUGUUCCCUGUCCUUGUCACUGGGCUGAGCCCCUGCCACCAUGGAUGAAACACAAGCCCCUCAUGCAGUAUUUUAUGAAACAGACCCAGUCUCACUGCAAGUCAUUAUUUCAAAGGGAAAUAGUUCAAAAGGUGUAAAAUUUUUUGUUAGUUAGGGCACAGAUUAUAAUGAAACGUGUCAAACUAGGUGUCACCUCAGAUCACCCAUUUACUUGCUCUGUCUACUGUUGUGAAGUCUAUGAAUCCUAUGUCCAGUUAUUGUUGCAACUUCCUCAUCCUUCCUCUGUGCUGCUCCUGCUCCUCCAGGUGAUGAAGACCUACCACAUGUACCACACAGAGAGCAUCAGCGCCGAGAGCAAGUUGAAGGAUGCUGAGAAGCAGGAGGAGAAGCAGUUCAGUAAGUCUGGAGACCUCAAUGUCAACCUGCUGCGCCACGAGGACCGGCCCCAGAGACGCAGCUCCGUCAGGAAGAUCGAGAAGAUGAAGGAGAAGGUGAGAGUGACACCAAGGCUUGUAGGGCUGUCCCCGACAAAAACAAAUAUUGGCCGACCAGUCGAUUGGUCGACAUUAUUAAACGUGUAUUUUUCAAUAUAUAGACCCACCCUAUGUUUGAAUAAAAUCGACUAUAUGUAGGCUACUGAGCAUGUCUGAUGCUUUAAGCACUGCGAUUAAAAAUAAAGACACACAAAGGGAGCCAGAGAUCAAUAUAGCCUGACCAGAAGAAAAAAACCUGCUCCCGACCCUCUUCCUCCUGCUGUCCGCUGCUGCUGGCCUUCGCAGAUUCUGCCUUUAAGCUCCUGAAGUUGCCGGUAAUAGGUUACACCAGCGGUCGGCAACCUUUUCCAUUUGGAGUGCCAAGUUAUCGUAACAUUUCUACUGAUCUGCGUGCCAGUUAUUAUAUUUUCAUAGGCACAUUUCGUGGAACAGUUUAAUUUAAUUUAUAAUAAUAUCUCAAAUCAAAUCAAAUUGUAAUGGUCACAUACACAUAUUUAGCAGAUGUUAUUGCGGGUGUUGUGAAAUGCUUGUGUUCCUAGCUCCAACAGUGCAGUAGUAUCUAACAAAGUAUCUAACAAUUCACAACAAUACACACAAAAUCUAUGUCGUGGUUAAUCAAACCUCUAUCUAAAUGAAAAUCAUACAAAUCUAAAAGUAACUUCUAUUGCCAUUGCCAAUAUGUAAAAAUAGCCUAUAUAAAGCCAACAAAUAAAAACAUUGCAGCCCGCUGGUAGAAAAUAUCCGGAUAAAAAUAAAUAUCCUAUAAAUCACAUUGGCUACGCAUGGCCUGUCUGCAAGGAACUUAAAACAUUGUAUCAACUAUUAACUUGGUCAGCCCGAAACUCGUGCUAGCAAACUUUCAACAAUCUAUAAAAUAUUCUGGGCCCUCAGAGUUUCCAGAGACAGUAAGCUCCAGACAAGGGAUAGGAGGUAAUCAGGUAGGCCUAUUUUAUGAAGUUUCCACCUGACCAGAGCACUAUUUUUUCCCACCUUUCAUGCUGAAUGGUUAUCGAAAAGGAGAGAGCUGGAAAGAUUUUUCAAAUAGGCUACGUUGAGGAACUAUUGUCAUUCUCAAUGGAUGUAACAACAGACUUCGUUUACUUACUGUUUGCGGUGAAGAAAAAAUUACCAUGAGAAGCUCCACAGUGAUGGUGAGUUAAGACAAUCAGAAAUAGUAUCAGAUCCCCAAAUGGGCACAUUUAUAGGUAUCCAUUUGCGCGCAGGCCAGGUAACCUAAGCCUAGUUCUAUGCGUAAUCAAGUGCGUGUCCUUACUCAAGAUUGACAGGAGCACUCCAAACAAAAUAAAAUGAAUAAAUUGAGAACUCGUAAAUGGAAUUAAAUAAACCACAAUUUGUGUAGCCUAGGUUGUGCGCUCUCCAAACAACGUGUCCACUCCUAUAAUGACAACAUUUAGACUGUAAUAACAAUAUAUUGAAUGCAUUAACAGAAAUCACCGUAACCAAACAAACGUAGAUUCGAAAAAAUGAUGGGAAUUAACGGUAAAUGUACUAGUGGUGAUACUGGUGUGCCAUCCCCAAUGGAUUAGUCCACUCAGACAGGCGUGAAUCAGACAGGUGUCUCGUGUGCCAUCAUUUUUGUUAUAUAUAUUUGCCACUGCUCGACUAAACAAUCGACCAGUCGACUAAAUGGGGUCAGCCCUAAAGGCUUGAUGACCAUAGUAUCUCUAACAGCUAGUGCUGUUGGCUGGGACUGCUGCUAGUACUGUACAUUGUCAGCCUAGUUACUUCUGUAAGUGGUAUUUUGUGCGGCAGCUAGAAUCAUGCUGGGUCCAUUUUAGCUGGCUAAGGCCAGAGGGACCCUCUCAGUAUUAUGUGAAUGAAUAGGAUAGUAAGGCUGUGUGAGAGUGGGUGCAGGUCCAUUGUGUAAGCCGACCACUCUAGAGAGAGAGAGAGAGAAGAGAGAGAGAGGGAAGAUGGUAGCUAGAGCAGAGAAGAGAGAGAGAGAGAGAGAGAGCAAGAGAGAGAGUGGAGAGAGAGGAGAGAGAGAGGAAUAGCGAUCUAUAGAUACGAUCGAUAUGUACUAUAGCGAGCUCGAGCUCGAGCUGCGCAUUGCAUCUAUCUCGCUAUCUAGUAUCUAUAUAUCUCUCUAUCUAUAUAUAGAGAUAAAACUCCUAUUAUUGGGCAAGUACCAUUUAAGCAAACUCAACGAUUCUGCUUUCAAGUUCCAUUACUUCUCCCCCUCUUUCCUCUCUCUCUUUCACUCUCUCUCUCUCUCUUUCUUCUCUCCUUCCCCCAGAGACAAGCCAAGUACUCAGAGAACAAGCUGAAGUGCACUAAAGCCCGCAACGACUAUUUGUUGAACCUGGCAGCAACGAAUGCCGUUGUGGCGAAAUACUACAUCCACGAUGUCGCUGAUAUGAUUGAUGUAAGUAUGCGAUAGGCACACAGUUUUGAUUGUAUCUCUCAGCAGGAUUGUCUAAUGUUGGUCUAACAUUGGUGGCUACACUAGAUAUUCUCACCACCUGUUUUAGUGUUCGCAGCCCAUUUGCUGUAUUGCAUUGUUAGGAUUCUUCUAGAAUAUAAAUGAUGACUUCCUGUCAUGGAAAUGGAUCAGAGUUGACAGUCAGAAUGCCUUCCUACUGCUCUUCUCUUCCCCCUGUUCUCCUCUCCUGUCUCUGUCAUGCACUCAUCUAUCUGGGAGUGUUGUGAGGGCUGAGGCUCCUUUAGGGAGUUGUGCUGAGAGAUGUGGAGCGGAGCAUGUGUGUCUGCCUGUCACUGUCACAGUCACACACCCCACUCUCCUAGGGAGCCAAGCAAAACACACUGAUGGUGAAACAUGACCCUUGUUGACACAUGCACACACUCACACGUGCAUAGAAACUCCUCUGGUCCAAUGUGCUUCCUACUUCUACAGGGCAGAGAGGAACCACAGCCACAGGAAAACUGGAUUUACAGGAUAGUGAAGGGAGAAUCUCAUCAGAAUCUAUUUAAAACAAAACACUUUCCUCUCUUACUUCAUUCUUCAAAUCUACAAUAACAUCAGGGUUUUCACCCUCUUCUGUUGGUCCGUAUCUAAUACAUGUGUUCUGUUGAACAGAAUACAACUUCCCCUUCAAAGUAUUAUUUGGAUUAUAGAAAUAGAAAUGGAGAGUUACAUGACAGAAAAUACCAUAUCUAGGUGAACCACCAUCAUAAUUCAAAAUGCAAAGCCAACACACCCCAGCAGCAAGCCUGCCUGCGAAGUCUGUGAUUACGGUUGGUGAACGAGUUUGCUUUGUAGACCACUACUGGCUAGAGGGAGGAAACCCUAGCCUGGGUCUGGGUGCAGGCUGUGUGCAUACAGGCAGCAGUGUGGCCAGUGUGGUUGGCAGGGAUCAUUCAGCCCCAGGUUACCUGGUGGUUCUUGCAGGGAUCAUUCAGCCUCGGGUUACCUGGUGGUUCUGGUGACUCUACCACCAGAUGUGCCCCCUCCCCCCUCCCUCCCUGGUAUUGCCCUAGGGCUGUCUGGCCAGCUCUAAAACUCUCCACUGAUCAGGGAGUUGGAUACAGAGAUCCUGCAUAUUCAGAGUAUGCAUAUGAUGUGAUUGAACUUAGAGGCUUGAGGCUGGCUAGAUUUUAAACAGUUCUAAACAUCAACACAGGGGUCCACCAGACAGGCUUUGUUGGAGCUGAUUCCUGUGUCUGGCAUGCGAAAGGGGCCAUGUCAUCCCAAAUCCUGCCAUCCUGCAGGGAAAGGGAUUGUGAGCAUGACUCGCUGUGCUGGGUCGUGCCGCCACGAGCUGGGCAGAGGAGAAGGGCCUGUUUGUCAUGUCACACAGAAACAGUCACUAUCAGCAAGACAUCAAAACAUACACUACCGUUCAAAAGUUUGGGGUCACUUAGAAAUGUCCUUGUUUUCGAAAGAAAAGCAUUUUUGUUGUCCAUUAAAAUAACAUCAAAUUGAUCAGAAAUACAGUGUAGACAUUGUUAAUGUUGUAAAUGGCUAUUGUAGCUGGAAAUGGCUGAUUUUUUAUGGAAUAUCUACAUAGGCAUGCAGAGGCCCAUUAUCAGCAACCAUCAGUCCUGUGUUCCAAUGGCAUGUUGUGUUUGCUAAUCCAAGUUUAUCAUUUUAAAAGGCUAAUUGAUCAUUAGAAAACCCUUUUGCAAUUAUGUUAGCACAGCUGAAAACUGUUGUGCUAGUGUACAUCCACACUGCAAAAGUCAGCCCUGUCUAUUAGAAUAAAUGGAAAUAGAACGCAGAUGUCUUUUGCAUGUAAAUAAACAAUGUAAUCAGUUCUUCAGUACCAUUAUUCUGCCUGUCAGCACUCCUGCUACAAUCUACUCAUGAUUGAAGGGCCCUGAUGAAAUCAAGGCAUGGGUCUCAUUACAGCCUGCCAGUGUGUUUGUUAUGGGAUGUGGCUGUUGAAAUACAACUCUGUACCAUAAAGAGCUCUGUGCUGCCGUAUCCUUCCUCAUUGUACACUGACCCUGUUAUAAAAUAAAUGCUGCUAUGGGGAUUUAUCGUUGGAGCCGAGUGCAACUUCCUGUGCGUCUAUUAAAGAGCGUUUAGUGAAUCACAAAGCAGUCUGACUCAGGCCCCUCCAGCCUCUUAACAACCCACUCACCGCUCUGCUCUGCUUGGCUACAGUAAUUAGGUUAGUUUAUGCAGCUCCAUGGUUGAGCUAAUAGUCCUAGGUGUCCUGCUGUGCUUGCGCUUUUAAUUCGGUCUAUUCUAUUAUUCUAUUUCUGCCUGUUAACCUGUAGCAGUGUCUAAUUUGGAAUUUAGUUCAUGUUGAAAGGUCAGGUUAGUAACGUGCUUGUAGGAAAUGAGAGGAAUCGUUUAACUGAAUCGUGGGAAUGAUAAAGACUGAGUUUAUCACAUUUACUUUUGUAUAAUGGAUUCAGACUGGUAUGUCAGGUUGUUCACAAUUAGGGCCAGGAGGUUCUUAGUCAUGUGACCUGAGCUAGAAAACUCUGGACCCUUGGUGUAGGCUUACAGUCAGGUCAUGUGGUCAAGAAAAAUGCCUAUAUUAUAUUCUACUCCUAUAUUCAUUAUUGUAUUAUACUAUACUAUAAUGAGUGUGUUUCCUGUAUCUCAGUGCUGUGACCUGGGCUACCACGCCAGCCUGGCGCGUACCUUCAGGACCUACCUGUCAGCUGAGUACAACCUGGAGACUAGUCGCCACGAGGGCCUGGACAUCAUUGAGAACGCCGUGGACAACCUGGACUCCCGCAGUGACAAGCACAAGAUCAUGGACAUGCACAACCAGGUGUUCUGCCCUCCCAUGUGCUUCGAGUACCUGCCCCACAUGGGGGACGAGGUGAGAGGUGUUAAAUGACUGAUACAUUUGAUACAUUUAUAGAUUCAUACUAUAUUGAUUGUCAUUAUUGAAACUGAUCCAAGUUACAAGUACAACCAAUAGAUUUGUUCAACCAUGGAAAGUACAUUCAAGCCAACAGAAACAAUGUUUCUAAGCAUGCUUUUUCCAAUUCUGUGAGGUACAGAAUGGUUUUGUUUUUGUGCCUUCUAACUCGACUCUGGUGCCACUAUCCAUCUCUCUCACAAACACCCCUAAAUACAAGACACCCCAUCCAAUUCCAUUUGAACAAACUCUGACCCACCCAUUCACAAUAAAUCAUCACUGAUAUGGUAUUCUGUCACUUUUCUACACAGUAAAUGGUAUCUUUGCACUAGCACAAGGGAGAAAGAUGUUUGUUUUGAAAGUUACCUCUGUCUACGUGUGCCCCCUCAGGUGUGCCAGGUGAGUGCCCAGCAGCCUGUGCAGACUGAGCUACUGAUGCGCUACCACCAGCUGCAGUCCCGUCUAGCCACGCUCAAGAUCGAGAACGAGGAGGUGAGCGCUCACGAUAGCGUCCAUCCCCCCAGUGUGUCUGCUGCAUCACCCCACUGAGAUCGCCCUGUCGCCCCUGUUGCCCAAGUCUCUGAAAUGCCAGAACUCAGAACUAUAGAUACAGCUCUCAGCUCUCACCACAAUUUCAAUUUAGUGGCCCACACACACUCCCUGGGAGCUGAGAAUGGAUCUUUAGCUUGUGAUAUUGAGCUUGUGUGAUAACACUAAUGGAUGCAUGUUCCAGGUAGAUACAGUACAUCGCUGAUGAUGGUCUAUUGUGCGUGGUGAGGAGUGGUCCUUCUCAGUGGGAGCAGCAGGCAACAGGCAGCAGGCAGCAUACACACACAGCUCUCUCUCCCUCUGAGUGGAUGCAGGUGCUAAUGGAGAUGCUAAUGACCCUGGCUAGCUAGCUACAGCCUGCCCUGAUGGCUACGCCUCAGCUUCAUCUCAUAUCUCCCUGGUUCUCAUCAUGUCUCAUAACGUUUCAUAUAACUGCCGGGUAAUGGACGAGUCGUGCCACUCUGGGAAUGAGCCUGAUCAAUCUCAGUGCUGUAUAGAAAGAGCCUGCAUCCCUUUUACAUACAGCCGGCAUUUCAUCCAGCCAGGCCAAAUGCUCUUCAUAUUCUUCUGUUAUUCUGAUGAAUGGCUGACUGGCAGGUCGUCUGGUACGCUGCCUAGGAAUGAGCCCUGUACCUGCCUUAGGGGGUGAAGGCUGUUAGGUGUCAGACAGCUACAAUCAAAGGUCAUUCGUUGUUAUUGUCUUUGAAAUGGGAUAUGCCAGUGAUCACUCACGUUUGACCUUGCAAGUGGCAUAGGGUGGUUUUACUUUUGAACCUUGAAGAUGUUCAAAAGGACCUGGAUCAUAUGAGGAGGAAAUCCUGGUUCUUUUAUCAUGGUUUGAGUUGUUGAAUCUUUGCCUUUGCUGUAGGUGAGGAAGACUCUGGAUGCCACCAUGCAGAUGCUCCAGGACAUGCUGACUGUGGAGGACUUUGAUGUGUCUGAUGCCUUCCAGCAUAGCCGCUCCACUGAGUCCAUCAAGUCGGUGGCCUCUGAGACCUACAUGAGCAAACUGAACGUGGCUAAGAGACGGGCCAACCAGCAGGAGACAGAGGUCUUCUACUUCACUGUGAGUACCUGCCUAUUAUACAUAGCUGUCAUACCUGCCUGUUAUACAUAGCUGUCAUACCUGCCUGUUAUACAUAGCUGUCAUACCUGCCUGUUAUACAUAGCUGUCAUACCUGCCUGUUAUACAUAGCUGUCAUACCUGCCUGUUAUACAUAGCUGUCAUACCUGCCUGUUAUACAUAGCUGUCAUACCUGCCUGUUAUACAUAGCUGUCAUACCUGCCUGUUUUGCCCUAAGAUAUGCAGCCAUGUUUGAGGGCAACUGCCUGUUAUAUCUGUUUCACACUAAAGUGACAGACCUAGCUGUACUACCAUAGCCUUUUUCCCUGACUAAAAGGACCUUUAGUGUCAGUUUAGUGCACAUCAAAGCCAUCAGCAGUCACACUAUUCCACAAAACACGUAUGCUUUGGAAAUCCAAUGGAAAUUAAAUUAUCCUUGGAACAGAUUGAAUUUGUGCCAUUCAGAGUGAGACUGACUGUGUUCUCUGGCCUUCGUGGUGGAUGGCGGGCGGCUCUGCCUGUUCCAGUCACAUCCCAUUAACACUGUUCACUCACUGACACCUUCAUCUGGUCUGUCUGGGUUUGCAGAAGUUCAAGGAGUUCCUGAACGGCAGCAACCUCAUCAUUAAACUGCAGGCCAAGCAUGACCUCCUGAAGCAGACACUGGGAGAAGGUAAGGGCCCUAAGUCUCUCCACCAAUGACGUCAUGUCUAUAGACAUCAAUGUUAGUUCGACAUGCCUUCUCUUAAUGUUCCUAUUUCUUCUGGUCACAAUGAUGUUAAUGGCAGGCACCAGGCCUAGUGUGUCAACACCUAGCUUAUAAUGAGCCAGGGAUCCCUGGGAAAGGUGACGGGUCUGUAAAAUGGCCGCCCUCAGGGCCAGUAGUGUUGUGGUGCUCUUAUCUAAUGAGCAGAGCUGAACCAGGCUGAGGAGGGAGGACACCACAGGGACUUGUGUCCCCUCAAGGUGCAGUAGGGGUGAAACAGGGAAGAGGAGUUCAGUUCAUAUUCAAAGGCGAGGUCUUUAAGUGCAUCAAAGGUAUCAUAAGGAAACACUAUAACAUCACAAUCCCCUCUACUCUCUGCAUGUUGUGCUGUAGCCUCUAGGAGGGUCCUGGAGGAUUAUGGGUAAUAGAGACCCCACCCCUCUCACAGAGGCCCCUCCCAGGGGGACCCUUGUCACCUCAGCCAUGAGCAGUUUACGCCCAAUCAAUCAGGCCAUCCCAGCACCCAGCAGCACAGGCCUAUCUCCGCAGCUGCUGAUGCACCAGGGGUUCACCUAAUAGAGAGGGACAGCAGGAGCAACCAGAUGGGGCCAUGUGUGCGCAUAGCCGCGCACACACACACUCACACUCAGUGUUUCCCCUAGGAUUCUUUUCAGCAGUGAUGGCAAGGGUGGGUGCAUUGCUACUAGCAUCAGCGCAAUGACAUACUAGCUGUUCCCAUAGACUUCCAGUCAUUAAGCAAAUGACUAUCCAUUUAAAAGCGUGUUUCGGCAGAAAUAUAUAAACAAUUACAUAAUAUUUUUUGCAUAAUAUAAUUUUUAUCAUAGGUACACUUCAACUGUGAGAGACGGAAUCUAAAACAAAAAUCCAGAAAAUCACAUUGUAUGAUUUUUAAGUAAUUCAUUUGCAUUUUAUUGCAUGACAUAAGUAUUUGAUACAUCAGAAAAGCAGAACUUAAUAUUUGGUACAGAAACCUUUGUUUGCAAUUACAGAGAUCAUACGUUUCCUGUAGGUCUUAAUAAUAAUAUGCCAUUUAGCAGACGCUUUUAUCCAAAGCGACUUACAGUCAUGCGUGCAUACAUUUUAUUUAUUUAUUUUUAUUAUUAUUUUUGUGUAUGGGUGGUCCCGGGGAUCGAACCCACUACCUUGGCGUUACAAGCGCCGUGCUCUACCAGCUGAGCUACAGAGGACCAGGUUUGCACACACUGCAGCAGGGAUUUUGGCCCACUCCUCCAUACAGACCUUCUCCAGAUCCUUCAGGUUUCAGGGCUGUCGCUGGGCAAUACGGACUUGUAUGGGUGUGACAUAUGGUGGCUGCAGGUACCAAACAUGCUUAAUUAUUGAGGUGAUCAAUCAGGCCUGCUCAUUAAGCGUGUGUGUGUGUGUGUGUACGUGCAUGAAUGUGUUAUUAGUGACCAUGGAGAAUACCACAUGGUGCACACAUCAGACAUAGCUGUAUAGAUUACUACAACACUAUGUCAACAUUGAAACUACUCAACAUGGCUGGGAUAGCUGCCAACCUGAAAGCAUACCCUCCUGGGUUGUAGGUGGAAAUCACAGAUCUUCAUCCAUGAAUAUCUACAGUUAACGCAGGUAGAAUUCACAGACAGUUAUACAAAAUUACACCAUUGUGAUGAUUAAUUCCCUAUUAUUAGGUUAUGGAGCUGUAGUUGAUGUGUUGGUUUAGAAUACUGAAACCUCGAGUUAGCAGCUUUUACAUAAAGCAUUCGGCUCAUUUAGCAAAAGUACUCAGUCACCAAUUGACCCUUUGCUAAGCCCCGCCCCAUAAUUUGGGGCAACCAAUUGCAAUCGAAUUAAUAGCAACUGUUGUCAAGACAACACCUCGGACAUGCUCACAUUUAAAUCUGUUGAAAGCCAGUGAGGCUAAUACUUUUUUUAAUGGCUAAAUAAUUGAACAGUGCACCAGGAGUACUUGGUGCUGUGAUUCCUGAAAUGCAGAACCUGUUAAUGAAGUAUUUUUCAAAUCCGAAAUUCUACUUUUGUUAGCUUAAUUGUUUGCUGGCUCAGCAGGUUAGCUAGCUCUCAGUCUCACUAGCCACUUAAUAUCACUUGUUUUCUCAACAUUUAUGUUCAUAUCAUUGCUAUCUGCUGUCGACAUCAGGAUACGAUUUGAAUGCACUAGUUAGCUCCAAAAGUGGUUAUAGCUUUGACUGUAUGCUGACAGUGAAUUCAGAGCUAUUCAGUGGCUAGCUACACAAACAGAAUUUUACCAGGUUCCCGUGAAGCAAUUGUAAUGGAAGUCCACCACAACAUAUCCAAGAGUUUCCUGAUUAGCAAGGGGUAGUCUGUGUUUAAUUCCAUUGUGUAUUAAAAACACAGUUUGAGAUCAUUGUGAGAGGAUUUCACCAGUCGUUUAAUGGGGAAUUGGGCUUUCCAGGAAAAAGGUUGUCCAAGGUUGCAAAAGUAACCAAAGGGGGUGGGGCUUAGCAAAGUGUUAUUUGCUACGGUAUUCUUGCAGUUAUAAUGAGACACUUAAAUCCUUAUGUUUGGAUAUGAAAUUAAAACAGAAUUUGUAUAGCCAGCCUGUGCUUUGCCCAUGCUGGAGAAAGGGGGUGUAAUUUCUGGGUUCAUUGAGCUGAGCUAGGCUAGGCUAUCACUCACUGGAAUGACUGGCAGGAAAUGCACUGUUGUUUCUCCACAUGAACGCUCCAGAGACCACACUGCUAGUCUCAUCUACUGCCAACAUUAUGCAUAGAGAAAUGGGUCAGUCAUCACUCUCGUCUCUCAUUCUAAAGCUGAUAGAAAGGGAACAACAGAAUGCUGGACUAGUGUACUGUACUUUUUAUGCUUGCUGUACACAAUGAGGCACAUUCAGUCAAUGCUCAAUUGAUUAUAUUUAAAAGACAAAGGGCCUUUCUCAACCCUAGCAACUAAACUCUAUUUAUUAACUAUUGGCUGUUAAAGCUGUGGUUAGUGGGAGGACCUUUCUGAUGCAUACGAAUAACAGUAAUAAGGACUGACUGACUUCUUCAUUGCCUAACCUAUACUCAAUGUCUUGUCUUUACCUAAGGCUAGACUAGCAAGGUUUAUUGGUUGUGUGUGUGCGUGUGCGUGUGAGAAAGACAGAGGGAGAACUUGUAUUCAUGAAAGUGUGUGAGUUUGGGUUGGGUUUAGUGUUUUUGCGUGCACAUGUGCUGCUGUGUGUGUACAUGUGCUGCUGUGUGUGUACAUGUGCUGCUGUGUGUGUACAUGUGCUGCUGUGUGUGUACAUGUGCUGCUGUGUGUGUACAUGUGCUGCUGUGUGUGUACAUGUGCUGCUGUGUGUGUACAUGUGCUGCUGUGUGUGUUGAGAUGUGCGCAGGGCUUUGGGACAAAGGGCUCAGUGAGCCAGCGCAGACAUCGCUCAGUGUCACCAGUGUGAGAUGUACCCCCAGUCCCCCUGCCUUCCGCCUCGCACCCAGAGCCCCUUUUCUUCCCUGAGGGAGUGGGCCUGCCCCCCACAGGGUCCCCUCUGGAGUUUCUAUGGUGACAGCUCAAUGCCUUUGUCUCAAGGAUGCUGUUGUCCCUAGACCAUUCAGCUCUCCCUCAAUAGCUUUGACUAUUCCCAUUAAAUCCUUCACUGAGCCCUGAUAGAGGAGCAGGAGUUAGCCUGCACACUGUGCAUGCCAUGCACUCAUAUUCUUAAUGACAUUUCUCUCUUCUUCUGUGUUUCCAGGAGAAAGGGCUGAAUGUGGGACUACGAGGUAAGAUGCCUUAAGAAAACUAAACCAUUUCAAAUCCCCUGCCUUUGACAUAACUACUCUCAUGGUGCAUACAAUAUAAUAUAUAUUAUAAGGUUAUUUGAUUUCAGUGGGUGUCUAAUAGAGAGUAAAGGAAUAAACUACGGCAGAUCAUACAGUAUGGAGUUCUCAGAGCAUCUUGUUCACAUACAUCCAUUGUUUUAUACUCCAUUAACCUUAUUGCCAGGAGUUAAUACAAACCUAAGCAUCAUGUGUUGCAACAAUGAGCAGAAUGGUUGAGGCUGUGUUUAGAGUUCUGUCUGGAUGGCAGAGAGGAUAGUGCGGUAUGUGUCACUGAUCUGUCUGUCUCUGGGAAGGGCUUCAGGACCGCAGUGCAGAUGGAUCAGGAAUGCUGGGUAGCUGUUAGUGUGUGUGCGGGUGGGUGGGAUAACCUGAACUAUCAGCAGGUGUGCUUGAUUUUAUUAGCUCUGGUUAAUAAUGUUUACAUUAAGCUAUACAUUUGGAGUCAAGUUUUCAAUACGUCAGUCAGAGUGGGUUUUAUAAGGGACCCGACGCCUCCGGCCAUACAGCCCCUCAGGACCUCCCAGCAGCAAAGCCCAGCCUAGCACUGUUUAGGGGUUCAUUACAGGGCAUAGCCUUUCAGCUUUAAAUAACACACACCAGUAAUAAAACGUCUCGUUUUGGUUAAAUGUUCAACAUUUGGAUGUGGAUCACUUCCUCCUGCCUACACACAUUUCCUCUUGAUAAACAGAGUACAGGGGGAUAUUUGGGAAGGCGGAAGUCAGGGCUAUUGAGAGAUGAUGUUUUCAUACCUGCAUUUCAGCCUUGCGUGUUCGUUGUACUGUUUCACAGCAUAUGGUGUUUUUGUUCCCCUCCUCACCGGCCAUCUCCCCAGGCCCCCCACUCUCCCCCCUAAACCACAGAAAAUGCGGAAGCCUAGGCCGCGCUCAGUCUAUAACCAUAAGCUGUUUAACGGCAAUAUGGAGACCUUCAUCAAGGUACCCCACCCCCCGCUCAUUCACACUGGGUUGUGUGAAUGAGCUACCCUGUGGGGCUGGAGGAGGAGGGCCGCUAGGGCCCACUCUCUCCCUCUCUCUCGCUCUUCCUGCUCACUGCUCUCCCUCAUCCUGUAACCACUGUCUUUAACCUCACCUCCACUUCCUCUCCUCCCAUGGCUCUGACGAUGCACACAGACAGGGUGGCAGUGGGUUAGUGUCUCCCUAUUCUGUCAGAUGUAGCAGUAGCACAGAUUCUCCUCUGCUUAUCCUCAGACGUGAGGAUACUGCUUAUCAUAGUCCCCAUAAUGGCUCUGCAGAGAUCCCUGUGCUAGUUGAUUCCCUCAAUGCACCCACAUCUCACUGCAUCUCAAGCCAUCCCAGUGGCCCCUGACCUGUGCUUAUCCUCCAGGCCUACGGAGGAGGCUCUUUCUGUCUAUCUGUCAUCUGUGCUUCUCUAACUGUGUUGCCUCUCUGCCUCCCUUCCUCUGCACCUCCUUGCUGUGCUGCUUUCUGUCCCAGGGGAAGACGGAAUGCCCGUACCCGCAACCAGGUACUAUCAGUGGGGGGGUGGUAGGAUGGGAGGUAGGGCGCGUGGCACGGAGCUGUAGAGUGGGCCUAAUGAAAACUAUUACACGAAUAGCUCUACAUGCUGAUUUCUGCUUUCCUCCACACGUAGUCAUACUAAUGAGCUCCAAAAGCAUGUCACUGCUGCUCCACUUGUUUCAUGACUAUUUGCUUGCUGUAACAGGGGGCUGUGAAUAGUAAUGGUUUCUAUCUGUCAUUUUAAUGCUGCUCAUAUAAAUGUUGGUGGACACUGCUGUUUAUGAAGCCAUCAGGAAGAGGCAUUUGUUUCUUUAUGGCGGGGUGCAGGGCAGGCCUAGAAUAAUCAAUGCUUUGCCUCUUCUUUUAGAAUAAUGUGAAGUAAGGCCUAAUUGGUUGUUAUAUACAGUAUGCUGAAACGUUUUUUUAUUAUGCAGUGCUGCUUCACAUAAACAACAGAAUCUAUCAAUAUGGACAGUAUAGUAUUUGUGGUUAAAAGUUCUCUAGUCACUGUAUAAGUGUCAGUCAUCCAUGUUUUGGUCUUACUAUUGCCAUGAUUUGCUUUCAGGAUUCAGGUCAACCUAUUCCUCUUGUGGUUGAGAGCUGUAUUCGACACAUCAAUUUGUAUGGUAAGUCUACUAAAAUCACACCUUACUGAUGGCUUCUACCAUUGGACUGUAUUCAAGGGUAUUCAAAACACCAGUAGACAGCUGUGAACUCCACUGUGAACACUUCAUAUCUCAUAACAGAUGACAGAACCUCUGAGUAGAGGUAAUCCAUUUACUAAAACAUCUCCAGGUGUUGAGACAAACCUGCUAUGAUUUAACACCUCAGCCCCAUGUGCUCUCAGCUUGAAUAUAGAAUAACGUGACAGGAGCGUGGCAGCACAUCACACAUAGGGACUUCUGACAGGACCCUUGGUCUUUGUUUACUAAAUCAGUCCAAUCUUCCCUUCCUCCCUCCUCAUAUCUUCAUCCUUCUGUCCACCUCCACAUCUGACUCCAGCCAAAGUGGUGUAGCCUCCAGGCCUGUAACCCCCUCCCCUCCCCUCCCCUCCCCGCCACGCCCCCUCCAUUCCCUACCCCCCUAGACCUAAUGAAACCCCCACAAACUGAUUAGGGGUUCUCUAACAAAAACCAUAUGCGGCAGACUGACCGAGGGGCCCUCUCUUGGAAGAAAAGAAAACACACGUCCCUUCACCACUAAAUUAUAUUUCCUGCUCUCUGUUGUGUGUUUUCCAUUGGUCUUUCAUAUAGCGGCCGUUUGGGUGUGGGGAUAAUGGUGGGCUCAGACUCAGUAUUAUGUUUCUAUGUCUUGUUGCAGGGCUCCAGCAGCAGGGCAUAUUCCGUGUCCCUGGAUCCCAGGUGGAGGUCAAUGAUAUUAAAAACUCAUUUGAGAGAGGUAGGUCCCCGUGAGAUUGGUGGUAAUUGGUAAUAGAUUAGAUUUCUGUUUUUCUCCUACAGCUCAGGAUCAAUAACAUGACAAACCCAUUGAAUUUCAGACAUACAGUAUAUACCUAUUAUUUUCUAUAAUAUAACAUCUACGUGUAGCAAGCAAUCAACUGAUUCAGUUCUGUUGCAGUGGUCAGAUGCUCCAAACUAAUAUCUCUACUCUGCUCUAUUGUUUUGUUAGGUGAAGACCCAUUGAUUGACGACCAGAAUGAACAUGACAUCAACUCAGUGGCAGGGGUCCUCAAGCUGUACUUCAGGGGCCUGGAGAACCCUCUGUUCCCCAAGGAACGCUUCCUGGACCUCAUUUCUACUAUCAGUGAGUAGACUCUAAAGCCCACUGGUGCCCCUACCUUACACUGUUGGUCAAUGUAGUAAAUGUGUUCAGGGUAACUGAAAUGGUACCAUAACCCUACCCAUCUGGGUGGUGAAAUAGCACCAUUGGGGCUACGGUACAGUACAUGCCUUUUGGAUUAUUCACCGUCAGUCACUGAGUAGAGAUAGAAUCAGAAUAGAAGAGAGAGAAGCCAACCUCCGGCUCCAAAGAUACAUCAUCACUCCCCACCACAACACCCUAAUCCCACUGCUUUAUGGGAGGGGUAAGGUAGGGACGAGAGGCACACAGCGCAGCAUAUGGAAACAAUCUCAACACCAUGGCUGUCUGCCUGCCCAUGAUUUAAUAGAAACCCAAUAGGAAGAGAGGAGCGAGGGGGCCACAUCAGUCUACUAACUGAGCACAGCUUUGCAGUAUUUCCCCCCUGCUCCAGAUAGCCCAGUCACUCAAAUCACCAUAUCCUCUGGUUUAAAUGAGGUGGGGAUAUCUAUUAAUGAUAGAAGUGUUUGUGUUGUCAUUACUGUACCCUCAGUAUGACUGCCAGCCCCCUGAUAAGGUCGGCUCAUUCUGUAUAUUCAAUAGAUCAUGGUGGUGUAAUGGAGCAUAAUGUUCCCCUGUAUUAAUAUGUCAUGUUUUUAUUUUCCUCUCAUUAAUCCCAGUGCCAGGUGGUGUAAUGACUCUUUACAUUUUUUAAACAUUUUAGUCAUUUAGCAGACGCUCUUAUCCAGAGCAACUUACAGUUAGUGAGUGCAUAUUAACUGCAUUUGACUCUCUCUUCUCCUCCUCUGUUUCAGAACUGGAGUCUGGAGCUGAGAGAGCGCAUCACGUCCAGCAGAUUAUUGUGACUCUUCCUCGCACCGUCAUCAUCGUCAUGAGAUACCUGUUCGCUUUCCUCAAUCAGUAAGUCGGCCAUAUUGACUUAACAAGUCAAGUUUUACAGUCCUCUGUUGUUGAAUAGAGUCCUUAUACCAGAGUACCUAUACACUAAGGGCAUACAGUAUAACAGGAUGGGGUAAAAGUCUGAAAUUAUAACUUUUAUACACCUUUCAGAGUCACUGUAUUGCACUAAAUCAGCAAAACUUGUGAAUCUCUGUUUCAGCAGUCAGAGGAAAUGGCAUUACUUUCCAAAGAGUUAUUGAACAGCCCUACUGUUCACGUCCUAUUUAUUACCGCGUCUGUCGGCAGCGCUUUAGAACUUAUUUACGGGCCCACUCGGAAAGUCAUCCCUCAACCCAGUAAUAUACCUGCCCUGUUUUAUUGGACUGUUAUUUUAUACUCCUUUUGCUUGGUUCCCCUGCAGAACAAAGAGUUUGAUUCCACAUCCUGACUUUUAUCUCUGUGUUUGAUACCCCCCACAGACAGAGUUUGUCUCUGGGCCAGCUGUAGGUCUUUACUGCUCCACAUCACUCUGCUCUGAUUAUGAGUGUGAAGGUACUGUAGGCCUGGUACCUAACUGGGAUGCUGCUGGAAGGAAGGAUGGUCUCAUUGCACCCUAAACCAGGAAGGCUUAUUAAUAGGCCUGUUAAACUGUGAAGUUAUAAGGGCAGGCUUGUUAAGGCUGGAUGGGUGUGGGAAUCUAGGCGACAACUAAACAGGGAGACUGAGGAAUGUGCUAGCUAAGCUGGGAUGUUGGGGGUUAAGGUAACUAAUGGGAGGGGGUUUAAGGAUGUACUCACUAAGCUGUGGUCGAAGACUGAUGCCAAGUCAACAUGGAGCUGUCUUUAGGUAGUAGAGGAGAUUAUGCAGAUCUCAACUCCCUGUAGAGUCUAGAGUCUACAGUCCAGACUCAACCUUAUUUAUAGAAGGGAACUCAAUAAGCAUUUGGGAAAUGUACAACUUCUAUUGGCAAACAAAUAACUAUAAAUACGUUUAAAAUGGAAUCACCCGUCAGAUAUUCACUUCAUAAUUCAAACACGACCUAAUGGUUCACCCCACUCACUCAAACCUCAUCCCUUCCCUCCAGCCUGUCCCAGUACAGUGAUGAGAACAUGAUGGAUCCCUAUAACCUGGCUAUCUGCUUCGGCCCCACCCUGAUGCCCAUACCCGACGGACAGGACCCUGUAGCCAUCCAGGCACACGUCAAUGAGGUCAUCAAGACCAUCAUCAUCCACAACGAGGUCAUCUUCCCCAGCCACCGCGAGCUGGACGGGCCGGUCUAUGAGAAGUGCAUGACUGGAGGAGAGGAGUACUGGUGAGUAGUAGCUAGACCUGGGAGGUCAACACCUUUAAGACAAGCACUGAAGACAUACAGUAUGGCUAAGGCUAAAGCAGUAAUACUGAACUUGUGUAACCCUGGGUUUAGCACCAGGAUCGAGCAUAUGGUGUGAUCUCACCCAUACAACAUCUACAUUAUAACCCUGCUUGAUAAUGUGGUGAGAAGAGGGGAAUUUAGAGUGUAGUAGAUUUGAAGAUGCUAAGAUAAUUGCUAUAAAGCAUUAUUGCAUUAACGCUCCUAAGGGGUGGUAUUUUCUUCAGCACAUGCUUUUACAGACAGUGUUUAGAUAUAAUACCCUAAGAUAAUUACUUUUAUCUAGUGGCUAGAAAUGUAGAAUGGUAUAAAUUACUUAAAGAGCCAAUCUGUCUGGAAGGAUGCAUUAUGUAACUGUUUAAAUUGUAUUUUCUCUUUGUUGCCUUUUAUUCCAUUUUUCGUGAUACAGAUGCUCCAAAGUAAAUGUAGAACUGAAUAUUUCUAGUGCACAGACUCCAAUAAUACUGCUUGUGGACGUUUUGUAUAUCAAAACUCACAGGGAUGGCUUACAAGCCAGCAUGUAUAGUUAAAUUAAUACCUCACCUGGAGCUGGUCCAAACUAACAUGUAGCUGAUACUUCCUGGAGAAAUAUGCUGAUAUAAAUACCCCCUAGUUCAAUUAAUCCUUUACUUUGGAACAGAUCCAAGUAUGACCUGUAACUCAUCUUUCCUGAAGGAGGCAUUAGUUUAGAUAAGUUAACCUAUGCAUGUGUUGUGGGUGUGUCUGAGUUGACCAUUGAUUGACUAUCCAUCUCGCUCUCUCUGUCCACAGUGACAGCCCCCACAGUGAGCCAGGCACCAUCGAUGAGGCUGACAAUGGGACUGAGCCACACACCAGUGAUGACGGUCAGUAACAUGGGGUUCCUUUACUUCUUCAGACACUCUGUAGAGGAACUGUUUGGGUGAUUGAUUAAGAUAAAUGUGUUGUAGCUAGCUGGCUACACAGCUAAUCUUAAUUAACCAGUUGGCUGUUGCAGAACUCCAAAAGCGUGUGUUGUUUCCCUCGCCUUCCUUCUGUUGUCUGCCGUUUCACUAGCUACUCUAUGUGUUGUGUUUGGUUUUGUAACUGAACUGCUGUUUAGCCAUGUGGUCAUACUUUACACUACUAAAGUAUGACAUAACAGCAUAGUCUGUUCUGUCUAUGUUAAAGAUGGAGGGUUGGUUGUGUCUGGUAGCCCUGCUGUCUGUCUGUCUGCCUCCCCAGGAAGGUACUCUGCUGUGUACUGCAGCACUGUAGUUCUGUGUCUGUACUGGACCUCCCAUUAUAAUUGAGAUACGAUGCAGAAACAGCCAAUGUACUGUAGCCGUGGGUUAACGUUCAGCUUAAUAUAUACAGGAUGUAAUUCAUGCAAUGAGCCGUUCAGUAUUAAAGCAGUGAGUCAGACCAGGGGCAGUGAUUUAUCUAUGUACCUCUAGAUGUCUCCAAUAGAGACGGACAGAUUGAUCUGUAAUAUCAAUUACAACAGCAGAUUAAUCAUACAUUUGAGCUGAUGAGCCCUUGAUAUAAGGUUAUAAAAGUUUGUUUUAAGGUUGUAUGUGGUUGUUUCGAAGCCAGAGGUAUUGCGUGUGAUGGUUGGAUGUGCUCAGUAUGAAUGUGAUCUGGAGUGUAAGAAGGCUGUAUAGAUGGAGGUGCCCUGAGCGCUGACUGACCUUAUUCUGUGUGUUCUUCAGACUGAAGGAGAGAACUAGGCACAGCUCAGACUGUGACAGCUUAGGGCUGCAAAGGAGCACAUCAUGCUUGAAGCCGGAGACAAGGUUGUGUGUACAUUGUUGGCAACCCCCACCUCUCUCAUCUCUCUCUCUCUCUUGCUCGCUCUCGCUCUCUCUCUCUACCUCCCCAUGUAGCUCUCUCUCUUUCUCUCUCUCGCUCUCUCUCUACCUCCCCUUGUAGCACCCUUUCACUCUUAUUCUCUCUCAUCUCUUUCUUCAGCAGUAGUAAACAGGUCCCAUGGGACUUCCUCCUUUGUGCCUUUGUAUUUUCUUGGUUCUCCUCAUAGCCCUGACAGAAUAAUUUGGCUAAAACUAAACAUACUCUGAAAACCAAAACACUAGUCAGUCACAACACCAGAGAUACUUCUGGCUCUCAAUGGGCAGGCCCAAGUGUAUAGCUGUAUGCUAGGCUAGGCUAGGGUAACAAUAUCGGGGAGCCCCAUCUGUAGGGAUGGGUGUGUCAGUAAUGAGUGCUGACACCCUCCCCAGCCCUCUGAACCAAACAGCAGAACAAAGGCUGACUGCCCCCCACAGCUCUGCCUGUAGAGAGCUGGGAGGAGAGGAGAGUACAGAGGCACAGCCAGGCAGGGCAGGGCCCUUGGCGCUGGAUCGUGGUCUCCCUCUGUUUAAUUAGUAUGCUUGGAGAGAAUGAGAGUCACAUGGUCCUGUCUUGGCUCUUCUCAGACCUGAGGCGAUGCUGCCCUCAACAGCCCGGCCCUCAAACCGAGCCUAGAGACAUGGCCACACAGCACAUGGCCGCACAGACACAACAACACUUUCUAGCUGAAGCUAGAACUAAAGGACUACAUGAAUACUAUAUAAAUCAGAGAACCACAAUGUGGGCCUAGUUUGACUGUUGUGGCCUUCAGCUUGUAUGUUGAUUCUGAGUAUUUGUUCUUUAUUGGAGAACAACAGAGUCAUAUUGUGAUGAUCACAGGGACCUUUCCCUUACUGCAGACAGACAGACAUACAGUUGAAGUCGGAAGUUUACAUACACUUAGGUUGGAGUCAUUAAAACUCGUUUUUCAACCACUCCACAAAUGUCUUGUUAACAAACUAUAGUUUUGGCAAGUCGGUUAGGACAUCAACUUUGUGCAUGACACAAGUCAUUUUUCCAACAAUUGUUUACAGACAGAUUAUUUCACUUAUAAUUCACUGUACCACAAUUCCAGUGGGUCAGAAGUUUACAUACACUAAGUCGAAUGUGCCUUUAAACAGCUUGGAAAGUUCCAGAAAAUGAUGUCAUGGCUUUAGAAGCUUCUGAUAGGCUAAUUGACAUCAUUUGAGUCAAUUGGAGGUGUACCUGUGGAUGUAUUUCAAGGCCUACCUUCAAACUUAGUGCCUCUUUGCUUGACAUCACAGGAAAAUCAAAAGAAAUCAGCCAAGACCUCAGAAAAAAAAUGGUAGACCUCCACAAGUCUGGUUCAACCUUGGGAGCAAGUUCCAAACGCCUGAAGGUACCACGUUCAUCUGUACAAACAAUAGUAUGCAAGUAUAAACACCAUGGGACCACGCAGCUGUCAUACCACUCAGGAAGGAGAUGCGUUCUGUCUUCUAGAGAUGAACGUACUUUGGUGCGAAAAGUGCAAAUCAAGCCCAUAACAACAGCAAAGGACCUUGUGAAGAUGCUGGAGGAAACAGGUACAAAAGUAUCUAUAUCCACAGUAAAACGAGUCCUUUAUCGACAUAACCUGAAAGGCCGCUCAACAAGGAAGAAGCCACUGCUCCAAAACCGCCAUAGAAAAGCCAUACUACAGUUUGGAACUGCACAUGGGGACACAGAUCGUACUUUUUGGAGAAAUAUCCUCUGGUCUGAUGAAACAAAAAUAGAACUGUUUGGCCAUAAUGACCAUCGUUAUGUUUGGAGGAAAAAGGGGGUAGCUUGCGAGCAGAAGAACACCAUCCCAACCGUGAAUCACGGGGGUGGCAGCAUCAUGCUGUGGGGGUGCUUUGCUGCAAGAGGGACUGGUGCACUUCACAAAAUAGAUGGCAUUAGUUGGUAGAGCAUGGCGCUUGCAACGCCAGGGUUGUGGGUUCGAUUCCCAUGGGGGACCAGUAUGAAAAAAUUAAUGCACUCACUUAACUGUAAGUCGCUCUGGAUAAGAGCAGCUGCUAAAUGACUAAAAUGUGAAUGUGAAAAAAUGGGUCUUCCAAAUGGACAAUGACCCCAAGCAUACUUCCAAAGUUGUAGCAAAAUGGCUUAAGGACAACAAAGUCAAGGUAUUGGAGUGGCCAUCACAAAGACCUGACCUCAAUCCUAUAGAAAAUGUGUGGGCAGAACUGAAAAGGUGUGUGCGAGCAAGGAGGCCUACAAACCUGACUCAGUUACACCAGCUCUGUCAGGAGGCGUGGGCCAAAAUGAAAGAAAUAAAAGCUUAAAUAAAUAAUUCUCUCUACUAUUAUUAUGACAUUUCACAAUCUUAAAAUGAAGUGGUGAUCCUAACUGACCUAAGACAGGGAAUUUUUACUAGGAUUAAAUGUCAGGAAUUGUGAAAAACUGAGUUGAAAUGUAUUUGGCUAAGGUGUAUGUAAACUUCCGACUUCAACUGUACAGGUAACUGCCAAAAUAAACAUAAAGUGUCUUAAUAGGGCGUUUGGCCACCACGAGCCACCAGAACAGCUUCAAUGCGCCUUGUCUGGAACUCUACUGGAGGGAUGCGACACCAUUCUUCCACGAGAAAUUCCAUCAUUUGGUGUUUUGUUGAUGGUGGUGGAAAACGCUGUCACAGGCGCCACUUCAGAAUCGCCCAUAAGUGUUCAAUUUAGUUGAGAUCUGGUGACUGAGACACACACACCCUUUAAACUGUUCUUUAAACCCCCUAUGCUCCUUUGAAACGCCUCUUUUAAAGCCAUGGUAACCAAAAUAAGCAUGAUGGGAUGUUAACUGCUUAAUUAACUCAGGAACCAAACCUGUGUGGAAGCACAUGCUUUCAAUAUACUUUGUAUCCCUCAUUUACUGAAAUGUUUCCUUUGUUUUGGCAGUUACCUGUACAUGUGUUAUUGUGUUUCUGAGGAAGAGAGCGAGCGCUCUAUUUAAGUGGUCUAAAAGCCUUAGGCUGAAUCUACUCUUGGAACGAGGGGGACAAAGAGAGACAAUGUUACCCUGUCUCUGUCCUUCUAUCUCGCUCUCGCUCUCUCUCUCGCUCUCUCCUCCCUUUUCCUCCUCUCUCCUUCUCCUCUCUUCUCCUCCUCUUCCUCCCUCGCUCUCCCUGUCUCUGUAGAUAAUUUCACCCCUGGAUGGAGCUCCUAAUGUAACUGAUUGGGCUUUCUGGUUGGCUUGGAGAUUUCCUGCUGGGAGACGAUUUAUUUUAUACAUGUGCUUAACCCCCGGCUGACUCCUGCUCUGUCUGUCUGUCUGGUCUGGGCCAUAGAGACACAAUGAGGCGUGGCUGUAGUACCAGUGGCCAAGGCCAUCCUGCCACGUACAAACACACCCCCUCCGCCCAGUCAGGGAAAUCUAGAUGGGAAAUCUGACAGCCUGGGGACUAGCUUAGAUCCCUUUUUAUUUUGAACACUCACUAAAUGUGCAUAUCUCUAUGGGACAUGUCCCCAAGCAAAAAUUAGUUUCUCUAGGUUGCAUGUGUCAUCAGGCUCUUUGUGUGAUUGAUAUCAGCUUGGACGCAGGGUGUGUGCGUGGGCAUGUGUCCGUGCGUGCGUAGCAAUACCUCCCCCUCACCCGGUCAUACCCCCUCCCCUGGCACCGUCCCUGUGGGAUAGAGGGCUUGUAGCAGAGACAGGUCUUCUAAUCUCCUCUGGUCCAGUGUUGAAUGGGGACUGAUGUUUGCUAACGGACAAAUAGAGCCUGUGCCUUUGUGUGUCUGUUCUAUCAAGAGGCUGGCAACAUCAUGAAGGUUGGUUAUUCUGGCUAUUGGUGUGUGCUCAGUGUGUGAGUAGUUUGGUGUGUUGGGACCCAUAAUGCCAUUAAAGGACCAAGUCAUUGGAUUUAAUGUGUUGUCAACCAGUCUACUAGCUGUUAGGAUAGUAGUGUUCCCUGAUCAGAAUACAGUGUUACCCUUGAGCAGAGUUGUGAUGUCCUCAUUGGUGGCACUGGUGUUGAUUGCACAGCAAAUUCUCCAGUUUUAAAUCAACACUGACAGUGUUAAAUUUAACACUGGGCAGGUGUCUAUACAGGUCCACACUUUUCAGUGUUAAAUUAACACUGCUUAGUUCUGACGCUGUUACACUUUGUCAGUGUUAGGGAAUUAACACUUUUAGGGUUAUGCAAUAACACCACAUGUUGUAUUUUGAACCAUUACGCAAAGAGGUCCGUAUCUCUUGACGAGGUCGCUCGUGUUGGAUAAAGGACAUUUGUUAGUGACAGAGACAUGGUUGUUGAAUUCAUUCAUUUUCAGUCCUGUGGACUUCACCAAGUGAGUUCCUACUGGAGGCGAAUGUUAUCAUUAAAAUUAAACUCUUUAGGACAAUAAAUUAUACAUCGUAAGGCCUGCUGUGUUAGGAACCUCCUGGUUUCCAGGCCACAUCAGGCCUGCAAGUCACGUUAUGCAGCCUUGCAAAGUGAUGUGUAAUUCCUAUUGGAAUCCAGCCAGAGAUGGGAAAUCCAAUAAGUUGGAAUUUUUUAUUCACCCGCAACCUGCACUCAGAAUGACUGUCAGGGUUAGGAACAUUGUAAGGAGACUACCUAAACCAUUUAAACUGGAACAACCAUUUCAGUAACGGGUGCAACAAAUCUAACUAACUGAUUGGAUUAGUUUAGAAAAAUGCAUGUCAUUUAUAUUUGUGUCACAUAAGAUUAAUAAAUCAAUCAAUGUACACAGAUAUGAAAAACAAUCCAGAAAAAUGUCUACUUGCAGUAGAGCAUGCUGUGAAAUCUGUUAAAGAUGGGCGUGGUUUUGAUGGGACUGUUUUACUCUCCACAGAGUAAAACUGACCCAAUCACACUCUCACACUCAACACUGGUUAUUAAUCAAUCAAUCAAUCAAUUUUAUUUUAUAUAGCCCUUCUUACAUCAGCUAAUAUCUCGAAGUGCUGUACAGAAACCCAGCCUAAAACCCCAAACAGCUAGUAAUGCAGGUGUAGAAGCACGGUGGCUAGGAAAAACUCCCUAGAAAGGCAAAACCUAGGAAGAAACCUAGAGAGGAACCAGGCUAUGAGGGGUGGCCAGUCCUCUUCUGGCUGUGCCGGGUGGAGAUUAUAACAGAACCAUGCCAAGAUGUUCAAAAAUGUUCAUAAGUGACAAGCAUGGUCAAAUAAUAAUCAGGAAUAAAUCUCAGUUGGCUUUUCAUAGCCGAUCAUUAGAGUUUAAAACAGCAGGUCUGGGACAGGUAGGGGUUCCAUAACCGCAGGCAGAACAGUUUAAACUGGAAUAGCAGCAAGGCCAGGCGGACUGGGGAUAGCAAGGAGUCACCACGGCCGGUAGUCCCGACGUAUGGUCCUAGGGCUCAGGUCUCUCAGUUGGCUUUUCAUAGCCGAUCAUUUAGAGUUGAAAACAGCAGGUCUGGGACAGGUAGGGGUUUCGUAGCCGCAGGCAGAACAGUUGAAACUGGAAUAGCAGCAAGGCCAGGCGGACUGGGGGCAGCAGGGUGUCAUCAUGCCCGGUAGUCCUGACGUAUGGUCCUAGGGCUCAGGUUCUCAGAGAGAAAGAGAGAACGAGAGAAUUAGAGAGAGCAUACUUAAAUUCACACAGGACACUGGAUAAGACAGGAGAAGUACUCCAGGUAUAACCAACUAACCCCAGCCCCCCGACACAUAAACUACUGCAGCAUAAAUACUGGAGGCUGAGACAGGAGCGGUCCGGAGACACUGUGGCCCCAUCCGAAGAAACCCCCGGACAGGGCCAAACAGGAAGGAUAUAACCCCACCCACUCCGCCAAAGCACAGCCCCCGCACCACUAGAGGGAUAUCCCCAACCACCAACUUACAAUCCUGAGACAAGGCCGAGUAUAGCCCACAGAGGUCUCCACCACAGCACAAACCAAGGGGGGGGGGGGGGCGCCAACCCAGACAGGAAGAUCACGUCAGUAACUCAACCCACUCAAGUGACGCACCCCUCCCAGGGACGGCAUGAAAGAGCACCAGCAGGCCAGUGACUCAGCCCCUGCAACAGGGUUAGAGGCAGAGAACCCCAGUGGAGAGGGGAACCGGCCUGGCAGAGACAGCAAGGGCUGUUCGUUGCUCCAGCCUUUCCGUUCACCUUCACACUCCUGGGCCAGACUACACUCAAUCAUAUGACCUACUGAAGAGAUAAGUCUUCAGUAAAGACUUAAAGGUUGAGACCGAGUCUGCGUCUCUCACAUGGGUAGGCAGACUGUUCCAUAAAAAUGGAGAUCUAUAGGAGAAAGCCCUGCCUCCCGCUGUUUGCUUAGAAAUUCUAGGGACAAUUAGGAGGCCUGCGUCUUGUGACCGUAGCGUACGUAUUGGUAUGUACGGCAGGACCAACUCGGAAAGAUAGGUAGGAGCAAGCCCAUGUAACGCUUUAUAGGUUAACAGUAAAACCUUGAAAUCAGCCCUUGCCUUAACAGGAAGCCAGUGUAGGGAAGCUAGCACUGGAGUAAUAUGAUCAAAUUUCUUGGUUCUAGUCAGGAUUCUAGCAGCCGUAUUUAGCACUAACUGAAGUUUAUUUAGUGCUUUAUCCGGGUAGCCGGAAAAUAGAGCAUUGCAGUAGUCUAAUCUAGAAGUAACAAAUGCAUGGAUUAAUUUUUCUGCAUCAUUUUUGGACAGAAAAUUUCUGAUUUUUGCAAUGUUACGUAGAUGGAAAAAAGCUGUCCUUGAAACAGUCUUGAUAUGUUCGUCAAAAGAGAGAUCAGGGUCAAGAGUAACGCCUAGGUCCUUCACAGUUUUAUUUGAGACGACUUUACAACCAUCAAGAUGAAUUGUCAGAUUUAACAGAAGAUCUCUUUGUUUCUUGGGACCUAGAACAAGCAUCUCUGUUUUGUCCGAGUUUAAAAGUAAAAAGUUUUCAGCCAUCCACUUCCUUAUGUCUGAAACACAGGCUUCUAGCGAGGGCAAUUUUGGGGCUUCACCAUGCUUCAUUGAAAUGUACAGCUGUGUGUCAUCCGCAUAGCAGUGAAAGUUAACAUUAUGUUUUCGAAUAACAUCCCCAAGAGGUAAAAUAUAUAGUGAAAACAAUAGUGGUCCUAAAACGGAACCUUGAGGAACACCGAAAUGUACAGUUGAUUUGUCGGAGGACAGACCAUUCACAGAGACAAACUGAUAUCUUUCCGACAGGUAGGAUCUAAACCAGGCCAGAACUUGUCCGUGUAGACCAAUUUGGGUUUCCAGUCUCUCCAAAAGAAUGUGGUGAUCGAUGGUGUCAAAGGCAGCACUAAGGUCUAGUAGCACGAGGACAGAUGCAGAGCCUCGGUCUGACGCCAUUAAAAGGUCAUUUACCACCUUCACAAGUGCAGUCUCAGUGCUAUGAUGGGGUCUAAAACCAGACUGAAGCAUUUCGUAUACAUUGUUUGUCUUCAGAAAGGCAGUGAGUUGCUGCGCAACAGCUUUUUCUAAAAUUUUUGAGAGGAAUGGAAGAUUCGAUAUUGGCCGAUAGUUUUUUAUAUUUUCCGGGUCAAGGUUUGGCUUUUUCAAGAGAGGCUUUAUCACUGCCACUUUUAGUGAGUUUGGUACACAUCCGGUGGAUAGAGAGCUGUUUAUUAUGUUCAACAUAGGAGGGCCAAGCACAGGAAGCAGCUCCUUCAGCAGUUUAGUAGGAAUAGGAUCCAGUAUGCAGCUUGAAGGUUUAGAGGCCAUGAUUAUUUUCAUCAUUGUGUCAAGAGAUAUAGUACUAAAACACUUAAGUGUCUCUCCCGAUCCCAGGCCCUCGCAGAGCUGUGCAGAUCCAGGACAGCUAAGCCCUGGAGGAAUACGCAGAUUCAAAGAGGAGUCCGUAAUUUGCUUUCUAAUGGUCAUCAACAUCAACACCGGGGCUAUUUUACACCACUGAGUGUUAAUUUCACACUUACAGUAUGAAAAUGUAUGCACUCGCUAACUGUAAGUCGCUCUGGAUAAGAGCGUCUGCUAAAUGACUAAAAUGUAAAUGUAAAAUUUAACUCCUGAAUCAACACUAGAAAUGUUACACUGAAACAUCAACACUAGGUAACACUGGCCAAUUAGCUGUGUGGAACUCAAUGACGGCUCAUCUUCAACUCACAACAAUGCUUGGAAUCUAAGUGUAUCACUCAAACAGUAUAACCAUCCCCUCUGUUAGAGAGUAUAGUUUAUAUUGUAAUGCUGCAUCUCAUUCUAUUUAUCUUCAACUCAGAUAUUCCCUCUUCUCCCUUCGCUCUUUGUCUCUCAGAUACUCCUGUGUUUGAUUUGAGGGUCUGAAGAACAAACUCAGCCAUUAAAUUGAGCCCCCAGGCAAUCACAACUCUGUCUGGAGAAGUAGUGUACUCUACUGUACUGUGGAAUUGAUCACAGACCACAGAGACCUGAGGCCAUUGUCUGAGAACAUGAAGACAUGCUCUCAUUGUUUGGCCACAUGGUUUAGGUCUUAGUAAUUAGAGCAAGGGGCUCCUUAUUUAUAUUAAUGAACUCGGUGAAGCAGCUGGAUUGGGUCACACUCAUACACAGGUCAGGCUACUCUGUCCACACAUCUCAAUGGGGUGUGAGAUAUGUUAUAACACCUGGAAAUGAAGCUGGUCCAGGUUGUGACUGAUGUUUCUCUCCCUUUGUUCUUUAUGUCCACAGAGAUGGAGCAGAUUGAGGCCAUAGCUAAGUUUGACUAUGUGGGGCGCACCCCCCGGGAGCUGUCCUUUAAGAAGGGGGCGUCGCUGCUGCUGUACCACCGCGCCUCUGAGGACUGGUGGGAGGGCCGGCACAACGGUGUGGACGGACUGAUCCCACAUCAGUACAUAGUGGUGCAGGACCUGUGAGUAACAACCAUUCAUAAACAUGAUCCUUCAGUCAGUUAAUCAGGUGUUUUCCUCAACAAUUGUCCCUCUCUAAAGGGAUAUAAAGCGGGGAGUAAUUUAAUGUGGCAGGUGUAUCAAAAGCUUUCUCUUGUCUUUGAUGUCGUUAGCCACACAUCAAUAACACUCAUGGAAGAUCCUUGACUGAAUAUCACAAAGGCACAAAUAAAUAAUUCAAAUCAUUCCUGAUAUGUUAGCUCAAAGACACCUCACUGACAAUUGCACCUUUAGUGGUAACACUAUUAAAUAUGGAUUUGAUGUCAGUCAAUGAGGCAGAAGUAAAGAUGCUAAAGAGAAGGCCAAAGCGUGCUUUAAGUUUACAACUCUAAUUAAUUAAUUGAAAACACCCUCAGAUAGGAAUUCCUGGUAUAAAUGUACGCAAUCAUUUAAAAGAUGAGCCACUUAGUAUACAAUUAUAGUUUUCCUGUGAAACUCUUCUCCACUUUCUCCUCCCUCCUUAAUCCUCCACCUCCUCCCCCUCCCUCUCUGCAGACAACUUUGUCAACUUGUCACACCCUGGCAAUGGGACUCUAGUUGUUGAGCCAGGGUGUGUUUGUUCUAUGUGGUGUGUUUCUAUGUUGGGGGUUCUGGUUUGUUGUUUUCUGUGUUUGCCUUAGUGACUCCCAAUCAGAGGCAACGAGUGUCAGCUGUUCGUUGGUUGUCUCUGAUUGGGAGCCAUAUUUAAACUGUCUGUUUUUCAUUCGGGUUUGUGGGAUUUUGUUCUAUUUUGGUUUGUGUAUAACCGUAGACAUCACGUUAUCGCCUGUUGUUUUGAUCGUGUGAUCAUUCCAAUUUAAUAAAUAUGUUCGCUUUCAACGCUGCGCCUUGGUCCUCCUCAUUGGUAGACGAUCGUGACACAACUACUUUGAAAAACAGGUUGACGACAUCCACUCCUCAUUCACUCAGCCUACUGAGUCCACUGAUCCCACUCACACAGAACUACCCUACGCCUUGACCUCUUUCUCCCCUCUCUCUCCAGAUGCGACUAGUGAUGUCCAGCCGCCCAACAACCUGCCCACUUGACCCCAUCCCCUCCUCCCUUUUCCAGACAAUCUCUGGAGACCUCCCAUUCCUCUCUUCCCUCAUCAACUCAUCCCUUACCACUGGCUGCAUCCCCUCUGACUUCAAGAUGGCCAGAGUCGCUCCCCUCCUCAAGAAACCAAAACUCGACCCCUCUGAUGUAAAAAAACAAAGACCGGUAUCCCUCCUUUCUUUCCUUUCUAAAACACAGUGUGCUGUCUCUGGCCAACUCUCUCGUUAUCUCUCUCAGAACAAUCUUCUUGACCCUAACCAGUCAUGCUUUAAGGCGGACACCGUAAACCAUCAGAUCCUCAUUCCCACCCUCUCAGGGUUGGGCGUCUCACUUGACAGGUCGUUCCUACCUGGCAGGUCAGUUUUACCAGGUGGUGUGGAGAGGAUCUGUCUCUGCACCAUGUGCUCUCACUACUGACUAGGUAGUGCUGAGCGAUUAACCAACAUUUUGUUGACCAACAUCAGUUCAAUUACUUGAAUUGCAUUUAGUUCGUUUUUUGUGAGCCCAAUGCACCGUUUCUCGAAAUCAAAUAAUUCACGAGAGAAAUCAAGUCAAGAACUAAGUGGGACACUGGGGUGAAGGGAGUUGUAGUUUUCAUUAAACAAAUAUUCAACCUAGUUCAGCGCAGAAACGUGGUAAUUAACUACAAUGACCAUAAUCCAUUGCGCCUUUUUCCGUCUCGGACAGAGAUGGAUACACUUUUACGCCUGCUACGUUAGGUUAGAUACACACAGACCGCAUGAGAGAGGAGUGUACAGAACACAAAGACGAGAGAGAGGGAUAGAGACAGUUUGUGAAAGUAUGCCUUUUUGACUUUGAAGAACUAGUCAAAUGGUUUGCCAGACAGCUCUGACAAACUAGCCUAUACAGUAUGGGGAGCACGAGAUAACGUUGGCUGGCUGGCUGGCUGCUACUGCCUGAGCAGAGAUGAGAUGAUGACUUUAAGUAAUUAAAAAUAAUAGUCAUCAAAUAUAAACAAAGUAAUAUACACAACUUAAAUAAUGUAUUAUUUCAUAGUAGUUUCCUAUUUUUCUAUUGAUGUCUACCCAAUGUGGACCUGAUCACAGACAAUGAAAUAUUUUCAAUGUAUGGACACACCUACUCAUUCAAGGGUUUUUCUUUAUUUUUCCUAUUUUCUACAUUGUAGAAAGACAUCAAAACUAUGAAAUAACACAUAUGGAAUCAUGUAGUAUUUUAGAUUCUUCAGAGUAGCCACGAUGACAGCUUUGCACACUCUUGGCAUUCUCUCAACCAGCUUCACGAGGUAGUCACCUGGAAUGCUUUUCCAACAGUCUUGAAGAAGUUCCCACAUAUGCUGAGCACUUGUUGGCUGCUUUUCCUUCAUUCUGCAGUCAAACUCAUCCCAAACCAUCUCAAUUGGGUUGAGGCCGGGUGAUUGUGGAGGCCAGGUUAUAAGAUGCAGCACUCCAUCACUCUCUUUCACUGGUCUAAUGUCCAUUGCUCGUGUUUCUUGGCCCAAGCAAAUCUCUUCUUAUUAUUGGUGUCCUUUAGUAGUGGUUUCUUUGCAGCAAUUCGACCACGAAGGCCUGAUUCAAGCAGUCUCCUCUGAACAGUUGAUGUUGAGAUGUGUCUGUUACUUGAACUCUGAGAAGCAUUUAUUUGGGCUGCAAUUUCUGAGGCUGGUAAUAAUAUAAUAAUAAUAUGCCAUUUAGCAGACACUUUUAUCCAAAGCGACUUACAGUCAUGUGUGCAUACAUUUUUACGUAUGGGUGGUCCCGGGGAUCGAACCCACUACCCUGGCGUUACAAGCGCCAUGCUCUACCAAUUGAGCUACAGAGGACUCUAAUGAACUUAUCCUCUGCAGCAGAGGUAACUCUGGGUCUUCCUUUCCUGUGGCGGUCCUCAUGAGAGCCAGUUUCAUCAUAGUGCUUGAUGGUUUUUGCGACUGCACUUGAAGAAACUUCUUGACAUUUUCCUGAUUAACUGACCUUCAUGUCUUAAAGUAAUGAUGGGCUGUCAUUUCUCUUUGCUUAUUUGAGCUGUUACAAUCUAUCAGCUUUCAUAUUGCAGAUAGAUUGUAACUUCCAUCAAUGUAAUUGUCUGCAUCACUUCCAAUCCCCCAUAUGUUUUUUUUCUUCUCGCAAAUAUGUAACACCCUGGCUCUGGGACUCUAUAUGUUGAGCCAGGGUGUGUUCUUUCAUUGUGGUGUAUUUCUAUGUUGGGAGUUCUAGGUUGUUUAUUUCUAUGUUGGCCUGAGUGACUCCCAAUCAGAGGCAACGAGUGUCAGCUGUGGCUGGUUGUCUCUGAUUGGGAGCCAUAUUUAUACUGUCUGUUUUUCCCUUUGUGUUUGUGGGUUCUUGUUCCGUGUUGGUCUAUGUUACCUAGGACGUUACGAGUCGUUUGUUGUUUUUGUUUACUGUCCGUGUUUAUCGCUAAUGAUAAAUAAACAUGUUCGUUCAUCACGCUGCGCCUUGGUCCUCCUCUCUUAACGACGAUCGUGACAGAAGAACCCACCAAACAAGGACCAAGCAGCGUGUCCAGGAGCAGGCAGACUGGACAUGGGAGGAAGCGCCGGGAAAGGAGAUGGAGAAGUUGGCGAUGGCCCAGGUGGGCAAAGUGUGGUCCUGGGAGGACAUGCUCGGGGGCAAAGGGCCAUGGGCUAGGAUUAAGGCCCUGGCGAGAGAGGAGCAGCGACGUCAGCAGUGUCAUCGUCGGACGGACGAGAGGCAACCCCAAAAAAAUUUUAGGGGGGGGGCACACGGCAUGGGCGGCUGGGCAGCAGGAGGCUGCCACAGGGCGAUUUGGAGAGGAGGCCACCGGGUUUGGGGGGCCAGAAGGCAGGUUGGCGGAGCCUGGAUGGAGAGCAGAGCCAACUCCCCGUACUCAGGCAUGGCAGCAUGAGACUGGUCAGGUUCCGGGGUAUGCGGAGCUGCGUACUGUGCCACGAGUGGUCCGGCAUAGUCCGGUACGUCCUGUGCGAGCACCCCGCACGUGUUGUGUGAAGGUGGGCAUGCAGCCAGGACGGAGUGUGCCGGCUCAGCGCUCGUGGCCUCCAGUGCCUCUCCUCGGUCCCGGAUAUCCUGCGCCAGUGUCACGUGCUGUUAUGCCAGUACGGGUACACAGCCCUGUACGUCCUGUGCUGAUGCCUCACACAGAGUGUGUGAAGGUAGGCAUUCAGCCAGGACGGGUUGUGGCAGCUCUUCACUCCAGGUCUCCUAUCCGUCUCCACAGCCCGGCCCGGCCUGUCCCUGCUCCACGCACCAAGCCUACGGUGUGCGUCGCCAGCCCGGUCUGUCCCUGCUCCUCGCACCAAGCCUACGGUGUGCGUCGACAGCCCGGUCCGGCCUGUCCCUGCUCCUCGCACCAAGCCUACGGUGUGCGUCGCCAGCCCGGUCCGGCCUGUUCCUACUCCACGCACCAAGCCAGGGGUGCGCAUCGUCAGCCCGGUCCGGCCUGUCCCUGCUCCACGCACCAAGCCUACGGUGUGCGUCGCCAGCCCGGUCCGGCCUGUCCCUGCUCCUCGCACCAAGCCUACGGUGUGCGUCGCCAGCCCGGUCCGGCCUGUUCCUACUCCACGCACCAAGCCAGGGGUGCGCAUCGUCAGCCCGGUCCGGCCUGUCCCUGCUCCUCGCACCAAGCCUACGGUGUGCGUCGCCAGCCCGGUCCGGCCUGUUCCUACUCCACGCACCAAGCCAGGGGUGCGCAUCGUCAGCCCGGUCCGGCCCGUUCCUACUCCACGCACCAAGCCAGGGGUGCGAGUCGUCAGCCCGGUUCGGCCCGUUCCUAUUCCACGCACCAAGCCAGGGGUGCGAGUCGUCAGCCCGGUCCGGCCCGUUCCGGCUCCACGCACCAAGCCAGGGGUGCAAGUCGUCAGUCCAGCACAACCCGUGCCUGGGUCACCGGUGCCUGGUAGGGUACCGGUCAACUGCUCCACUACGGAGCUGAAGCUAACCGCUCCUGCUACGUCCAGUUCAGCUCCAGCCAGCGGGGCCAGACCGGACCAGGGGCGCUAUGGGGGGUUUAUUGGAGGGUGGUGGGCAAGGCCGGAGCCAGAACCGCCGCCGAGGAGGAAUGCCCACCCAGCCCUCCCCUGUUUUGCUCUAGUUGAGGCGCGGUCGCAGUCCGCGCCUUUAGGGGGGGGUACUGUAACACCCUGGCUCUGGGACUCUAUAUGUUGAGCCAGGGUGUGUUCUUUCAUUGUGGUGUAUUUCUAUGUUGGGAGUUCUAGGUUGUUUAUUUCUAUGUUGGCCUGAGUGACUCCCAAUCAGAGGCAACGAGUGUCAGCUGUGGCUGGUUGUCUCUGAUUGGGAGCCAUAUUUAUACUGUCUGUUUUUCCCUUUGUGUUUGUGGGUUCUUGUUCCGUGUUGGUCUAUGUUACCUAGGAAGUUACGAGUCGUUUGUUGUUUUUGUUUACUGUCCGUGUUUAUCGCUAAUGAUAAAUAAACAUGUUCGUUCAUCACGCUGCGCCUUGGUCCUCCUCUCUUAACGACGAUCGUGACAAAAUAUAUAUAUACAGUGGGGGAAAAAAGUAUUUAGUCAGCCACCAAUUGUGCAAGUUCUCCCACUUAAAAAGAUGAGAGAGGCCUGUAAUUUUCAUCAUAGGUACACGUCAACUAUGACGGACAAAAUGAGAAAAAAAAAUCCAGGAAAUCACAUUGUAGGAUUUUUAAUGAAUUUAUUUGCAAAUUAUGGUGGAAAAUAAGUAUUUGGUCAAUAACAAAAGUUUCUCAAUACUUUGUUAUAUACCCUUUGUUGGCAAUGACACAGGUCAAACGUUUUCUGUAAGUCUUCACAAGGUUUUCACACACUGUUGCUGGUAUUUUGGCCCAUUCCUCCAUGCAGAUCUCCUCUAGAACAGUGAUGUUUUGGGGCUGUCGCUGGGCAACACGGACUUUCAACUCCCUCCAAAGAUUUUCUAUGGGGUUGAGAUCUGGAGACUGGCUAGGCCACUCCAGGACCUUGAAAUGCUUCUUACGAAGCCACUCCUUCGUUGCCCGGGCGGUGUGUUUGGGAUCAUUGUCAUGCUGAAAGACCCAGCCACGUUUCAUCUUCAAUGCCCUUGCUGAUGGAAGGAGGUUUUCACUAAAAAUCUCACGAUACAUGGCCCCAUUCAUUAUUUCCUUUACACGGAUCAGUCGUCCUGGUCCCUUUGCUGAAAAACAAAGCAUGAUGUUUCCAAAGCAUGAUGUUUCCACCCCAAUGCUUCACAGAAGGUAUGGUGUUCUUUGGAUGCAACUCAGCAUUCUUUGUCCUCCAAACACGACGAGUUGAGUUUUUACCAAAAAGUUCUAUUUUGGUUUCAUCUGACCAUAUGACAUUCUCCCAAUCCUCUUCUGGAUCAUCCAAAUGCACUCUAGCAAACUUCAGACGGGCCUGGACAUGUACUGGCUUAAGCAGGGGGACACGUCUGGCACUGUAGGAUUUGAGUCCCUGGCGGCGUAGUGUGUUACUGAUGGUAGUCUUUGUUACUUUGGUCCCAGCUCUCUGCAGGUCAUUCACUAGGUCCCCCCGUGUGGUUCUGGGAUUUCUGCUCACCGUUCUUGUGAUCAUUUUGACCCCACGGGGUGAGAUCUUGUGUGGAGCCCCAGAUUGAGGGAGAUUAUUAGUGGUCUUGUAUGUCUUCCAUUUCCUAAUAAUUGCUCCCACAGUUGAUUUCUUCAAACCAAGCUGCUUACCUAUUGCAGAUUCAGUCUUCCCAGCCUGGUGCAGGUCUACAAUUUUGUUUCUGGUGUCCUUUGACAGCUCUUUGGUCUUGGCCAUAGUGGAGUUUGGAGUGUGACUGUUUGAGGUUGUGGACAGGUGUCUUUUAUACUGAUAACAAGUUCAAACAGGUGCCAUUAAUACAGGUAACGAGUGGAGGACAGAGGAGCCUCUUAAAGAAGAAGUUACAGGUCUGUGAGAGCCAAAAGUGACCAAAUACUUAUUUUCCACCAUAAUUUGCAAAAAAAUUCAUUAAAAAUCCUACAAUGUGAUUUUCUGGAUUUUUUUCCCUCAAUUUGUCUGUCAUAGUAGACGUGCACCUGUGAUGAAAAUUACAGGCCUCUCUCAUCUUUUUAAGUGGGAGAACUUGCACAAUUGGUGGCUGACUAAAUACUUUUUUUCCCCACUGUAUCUUCUGUAUACCAACCCUACCUUGUCACAACACAACUGAUUGGCUCAAACGCAUUAAGAAGGAAAGAAAUUCCACAAAUUAACUUUUAACAAGGCACACCUGUUAAAUUAAAUGCAUUCCAGGUGACUACCUCAUGAAGCUGGUUGAGAGAAUGCCAAGAGUGUGCAAAGCUGUCAUCAAGGCAAAGGGUGGCUACUUUGAAGAAUCUCAAAUAUAAAAUAUAUUUUGAUUUGUUUAACUCCUUUUUGGUUACUACAUGAUUCCAUAUGUGUUAUUUCAUAGUUUUGAUGUCUUCACUAUUAUUCUACAAAGUAGAAAAUAGUAGAAAUAAAGAAAAACCUUUGAAUGAGUAGGUGUGUCCAAACUUUUGACUGGUACUGUAUAUAUAUCGAAAUCAAAAUCAAAAACCGUGAUUAUUUUGUAAUAAUCAAACCGAAUCAAACCGACCUCAAAAAGCACAAAUCGCUCAGCACCACCCCCAGGGCUUGGUUCUAGGCCCUCUCCUCUUUUCUCUGUACACCAAGUCACUCGGCUCUGUCAUAUCCUCACAUGGUCUCUCCUAUCAUUGCUAUGUGGAUGACACUCAACUACUCUUCUCCUUCCCCCUUUCUGACACCCAGGUGGCGACACGCAUCUCCGCGUGCCUGGCAGACAUCUCAAUUUGGAUGUCGGCCCACCACCUCAAGUUCAGCCUCGACAGAAUGGAGCUGCUCUUCCUCCUGGGGAAGGCCUGUCCACUCCAAGACCUCUCCAUCGCGGUUGACAACUCCACGGUGUCCCCCUUCCAGAGUGCAAAGAACCUUGGCGUGACCCUGGACAUCACCCUGUCGUUUUCUGCAAACAUCAAAGCAGACUCACGGCUGCAGGCUCAUAAUCCAGGCACUUGUCAUCUCCCGUCUAGACCAGUGGUUCCCAAACUGCCGACCACCCCACAGGGGGGGGGGGGGCACGUAAAAAAAUACAUAUAUAUUUACAAACUCAGUCCGGCUUUAAACUUACUCUUGAAAUUUGUAAUAGCAGAAUGCACAAGGUGCAAUUUCGAAAUUGGGUAGUGCAUCAUCAGUUUUCCUCUUGUCAUGUUAGUCAUUGCAUUCCUUAGAGAGCUAUUUAUAACUUGUCAGAAAGGUCCAGAUCAACUAGCCCAUGUCAGCUAGCGUUAUUUUUAUUACAUUUUUUAUAGAUAUUGUUGUAAUUUUUUUGUCACUCAAAUAUCAAAUGGCAAUAUGUAUAGAAUUGCAGAAAAUAAGCUUUAAAUCUGCAAGAUUCUCUCAAGAGGGGUGUGAACAGUUUGUCUCAUGAACAGUGCUUGUGCCAUAGAAAUAGACGUGGCGCGUGCGUACGCAGGGGAGGGUGCGGGAUGUUCCCCAAUGCUGGAAGGGGGGCCCUGAGUAAAAAAGUUUGGGAACCCCUGGUCUAGACUACUACAACGCUCUGUUGGCUGGGCUCCCCACUUGUGCCAUCAAACCCUGCAACUUAUCCAGAAUGCCGCAGCACGCCUGGUGUUCAACCUUCCUAAGUUCUCCCAUGUCACCCCGCUCCUCCGCACACUCCACUGGAUUCCAGUCGAAGCUCACAUCGUCUUCAAGACCCUGGUGCUUGCCUACAGAGCAGUAAGAGGAAUUACCCCUCCCUACCUUCAGGCUAUGCUCAAAUCCUACAACCCAACCUGAGCACUCUGUUCCGCCACCUCUUGUCUCUUGGCCCUUCCACCUCUACGGGAGGGCAGUUCCCACUCAGCCCAGUCUUUUCUGUCCUGGCACCCCAAUGGUGGAACAAGCUUCCCCCUAAAGUCAGAACAGUGGAGUCCCUGCCCAUCUUCAGAAAACGUCUGAAACCCUAACUCUUUGAAGAGUAUCUUAAAUAACUCUCACGGCAUCCCCAACGCCCCCUCCCCAUCCCCCCCCUCCCAAAUAAUAAUAAUAAAAAGAAAGGCACUUGUCUUUCCUACUAGCACUGACUUGUCUUUCCUACUAGCACUGACUUGUCUUUCCUACUAGCACUGACUUGUCUUUCCUACUAGCACUGACUUGUCUUUCCUACUAGCACUGACUUGUCUUUCCUACUAGCACUGACUUGGCUGAGGGAAAAUGACCUUGAUACGAUUGUUAUGUGUUGUUGUCUCACCUAGCUAUCUUAAGAUGAACGCACUAAUUGUAAGUCGCUCUGGAUAAGAGCAUCUGUUAAAUGACUCAAAUGUAAAUGUGAAAUGACUAAUCAUUGCUGGUGUCUGUUUCAUGAAUCCAUUUGGAUGUUGAGUGGGCAGUAAGGCCAGAGUCUCAUAUUGCUACUUUUUGUGUUAGGAGGAAUACAUUGGAAUGAUCAAUGUUCAAAAGGAGUGGCUCCAGAACUGUCUGGAACAGAUAAACUGACUGCAGAUUGAAAACCAGAGCCCUCUGUAAAUAUGGACCAAUUAGUUUGAAUAAACAACAGUCCAAAUAAGAUCUCUACCAACUGUAUGAAUAAUGUUCAUUCUCUCUCUCUCGCUCUCCUCGCAGGGAUGAUGCUUUCUCAGAUAAUCUCAGUCAGAAGGCGGACAGCGAGGCGAGCAGUGGACCACUGCUGGAUGACAAGGCCUCAUGCAAAAACGAUGUCCCAUCACCGUGUGAACACUCCACAGACUCCAACUUUGGAGGAGUCAUGGGGAGGUGGGUAAUGACUGGGAAGGACUACAUAUUGAAAUGUUUACUUCUCUUUCUAGUCUCAAUGCUUUUAUGCAUAAAUGUAAGAUCAGUUUAACCUCUCCAAAUGCUAAUCUUAACCAUUAUGGAGGAAAUAUUCAAUGUUUCAAACUGACCAUAGAUCAGUGUCAAGGGCCAACCUCAUCCUACUCUGUGUGACUGAUGUCAUCUCUCUCCUCAGGGUGCGGCUACCUUCUGACGGGGCUGCCACCCCUCGACGUCGCAGCAGAGAGACCCACAGCCCUCCUCGGGGCACUGACACACCCCCGCGGGCCGCAGCCUGUCCCAGCAGCCCCCACAAGGUGGCAGUUAGCAGGAGCCGCAUGGAAAGCCCAGAGAAGAGGCGCCUGGGCACAUUUGGCAGUGCGGGCAGCAUCAACUAUGCCGACAGGAAGGCCUACCCUGAGGGCCACCCCUUGAGGCCCGUACCAGGGGCCACACGCCACAGUAGCCUGGGGGACCACAAGUCACUGGAGGCUGAGACACUGGCAGAGGUAUGGACCUUAUUUCCUAUCAGCCCCAGGUUCUAAAGUAUUACCUCGGCUCAAUAUAACUGCAUAACCUCUUUUCCCCAUGUCCUGUAACCUUAUGAGUCAUAGAACAUCAGACAAUAUGGAAUAUGGAAUGGAAUCAAUAGUGGUGCGCAAGUGAUACUUUUUGUGUCCUAUGAAAAUUAUAGCUAUUUGUCAUACCUUUCCGAAAUAAUUUAGAGGACAGUAUUUCUAAACCUUCACACAGCAAAGCCAAUCAGAGAAUAUUCAUUCCCUAGAGACCGGAGCUAAAUGCUUUUCAUGGCGAUGCUGAAAUAAAGUAAAUUACACAGAGAACUAAUGAUCAUUGAUAUCGGCAACCCAAGCCCGGCGCUGGAUACAUGGAAAAGUAAUAGAGCCACAGAGGCAGCUUUUGAAAUGGCAGAGUUAUGGUCAGUGCAGAUAAUGAUAGUGGUCUCCUAUCAGAGUCCUAUUUCAGCCUGAGCCCAUGUUGAUGACCCUGCACUGUCAGGGCAUGAUUAAACCCAAUCUUUGAUCUUUAAUUAUUCUCCACUAAUCAAUUAAUCUGUUAUUCAGACAGAGAGAGUGUGUGUGUGUCUGUGUCUGUGUAUAAUUGUGACAGAGGUAAUGAGUGUGCAGCCAUUAAAUGGGGGAUGUUAUUCUCUUCAUUUGGUGCCAUUGGGCUGUACUGUGUGAGGAGAGGGAACAGAGAGAGGCUACUAGAGAGGCUAGUUAGAGAGCCACUGGUGUCUGGGAGAACAGAGACAGAAGUGAUGUCCUGCUGUACUGUCUGUCUGUGUGUGUCUGGGUGAAGCAGCCCCUGUCAGAGACAGUCUGCACCUGAAAGAAAGACACACCUACAGUACCAAUCAAAGGUUUGGACACACCUACUCCUUCCAGGGUUUUUCUUUUUUUUUUUACUAUUUUCGACAUUGUAGAAUAAUAGUGAAGACAUCAAAACUAUGAAAUAACACAUAUGGAAUCAUGUAGUAACCAAAAAAGUGUUAAACAAAUAAAAAUAUAUUUUAUAUUCUUCAAAGUAGCCACCCUUUGCCUUGAUGACAGCUUUGCACACUCUUUGCAUUCUCUCAACCAGCUUCAUGAGGUAGUCACCUAGAAUGCAUUUCAAUUAACAGGUCUGCCUUGUUAAAAGCUUAUUUGCAGCCUAAAUAAAUGCUUCACAGAGUUCAAGUAACAGACACAACUCAACAUCAACUGUUCAGAGGAGACUGCGUGAAUCAGGCCUUUAUGGUCGAAUUGCUGCAAAGAAACCACUACUAAAGGACACCAAUAAGAAGAAGAGACUUGCUUGGGCCAAGAAACACGAGCAAUGGACAUUAGACCAGUGGAAAUAUGUCCUUUGGUCUGAUGAGUCCAAAUUUGAGAUUUUCCGUUCCAACCGCCGUGUCUUUGUGAGACGCAGAGUAGGUGAACGGAUGAUCUCCGCAUGUGUGGUUCCCACCGUGAAGCAUGGAGGAGGAGGUGUGAUGGUGUGGGGGUGUUUUGCUGAUGACACUGUCAGUGAUUUAUUUAGAAUUCAAGGCACACUUAACCAGCAUGGCUACCACAGCAUUCUGCAGCGAUACGACUGAUUUGCGCUUAGUGGGACUAUCAUUUGUUUUUCAACAGGACAAUGACCUAAAACACACCUCCAGGCUGUGUAAGGGCUAUUUGACCAAGAAGGAGAGUGAUAGAAUGCUGCAUCAGAUGACCUGGCUUCCACAAUCAUCCGACCUCAACCCAAUUGAGAUGGUUUGGGAUGAAUUGGACCACAGAAUGAAGGAAAACCAGCCAACAAGUGCUCAGCAUAUGUGGGAACUCCUUCAAGACUGUUGGAAAAUCAUUCCUCAUGAAGCUGGUUGAGAGAAUGCCAAGAGUGUGCAAAGCUGUCAUCAAGGCAAAGGGUGGCUACUUUGAAGAAUCUCAAAUAUAAAAUAUAUUUUGAUGUGUUUAACACUUUUUUGGUUACUACAUGAUUCCAUAUGUGUUAUUUCAUAGUUUUGAUGUCUUCACUAUUAUUCUACAAUGUAGAAAAUAGUACAAAUAAAGAAAAACCGUUGAAUGAGUAGGUGUGUCCAAACUUUUGAAUGGUACUGUACAUCACGGUGGAAUGGAGCUGGAUUCUGAAAGAAAACACCACAUGUACGUUUAUUUAUUUGAAAAGAUAACAGUGUAUGUCUUGGCGUUAGGGCUCUGCUCGUUCAGGGUAGCUCACUGCCAGAGCCAAGCAUCAUAUGAAGAUGAUAAUAUAACUACAGGCAGUGAGCACGAUAUUCUAUAUCAAAUCCCCCGAAGGAAGAAACACACAACCUGUGCAGGUGGCGGCUGGGGUGGUGGUGGGAUAUCAGAAACAGCAAGCAUAGCGUGUAACAACUAGUUACAGCAUCAACGCAGCAAGAGACACCAGCGCAUGCGAGCAUUUGACAUCUGGUAUUGAGGAAGCAUAUGUAGAACUGGUCAACUUAAAUAGACCGCAUGUAAUUAAAGUGUGAAUCCAAUUGGUGCAAUAUCUGCUAAUGCAAUUAGCUGAUGCCAACACACUCGAGUUUCCCUUCUGAACUGGCUACGCUUUAUUAAAAAGCACAAGAAGUUUAGCAUUAGAUUCUCAGCAUCAAUGGCUACAGCCAUUGCUUAGCUAAACGUAGCUUAGCUUGGCUUAACAAUUAUAUCACAAUGAUCUCCUUUCACGUUUUCUGUGUAUUUUGUGUAUGUCAGGACAUAGAGAAGACCAUGACCACGGCUCUACAUGAGCUGCGUGAGCUGGAGCGCCAGAACACGGCCAAGCAGGCUCCAGACGUGGUACUGGACACCCUGGACACCACCAUGAAGAACCCUGUGAACUCGGAGCCUGGCAGCCCCCUCCACACCAUCAUGAUCCGCGACCCAGACGCCGCCAUGCGGCGCAGCAGCAGCUCCACCUCCGAGAUGAUGAGCACCUUUAAGCCCGCCCUGUCGGCCCGUCUGGCCGGAGCCCAGUUGCGCCCCCCGCCCAUGAGGCCCGUCCGCCCGCCCCCCACCGGGCACCGCUCCUCCAGCUCCAGUUCCUCUGGGGUGGGAAGCCCUGCUGUCACGCCCACUGAGAAGAUCUUCCCCAACAGCACUGCCACGGCUAGCUCUGCAGCCAACGCAGCUAACGCAUCCGGGGACAAGUCCGGCACCAUG